UUCAAAUCGAGGCUAUGCUACACACACAAUUCAAGAUGGACGUCAGCAGUCAGAGAUGAUUUUACUAUUACAACUCGCCCUAACGUUGUUGAACUCAAAUAAUAGAUAUACAUGUAUUUGGAAUAUAGUAAAAUAAAUUCUUACUAUUUGGAUGAAAUAUUGUCAGUCAAAGUAAGUAUAUAUUUUCCAUGUCUUUAAUUUUAUUUGAUUUGGAUAAUGUUUAUCUUUUGUAAAUGUUAGUUAAAGUUACGGACAUUUCAAUUUUAAUUUUUUAAGCUUCUAAUACAAAUAAUAGUGUACUUCACUAAAAAUUUCAAAGUUGUUAUAUAUUAAUGAAAUUUAUAUCAUAUAUCAUUAGAAAGGACUCAGUAUUCCCUUUCCACUAAUUCAUUGAUACCAAUUUUAUUUUUCUAUCUUAAAAAUACUUUAACUUAAUUAGAAAAACAAGUUUUUCGCAUUUUUAGUGUAAGAGUAAUAUAGUAAUAAUUUUUCCUUAUGACUAUGUAGUAUAAUAAUGGUCUAAUUUUAAGUAUAGCCUUAGCAUUAGUAAAUAAUUUCCAAAAUUCUGAGAUCGAAAAAAGAAAUCUUUGACACUCAAAAUGCAAUAACUUUUUAUUCAGCUAAUUUAAAGCUCUGAAAUUUGUAGUGCAUUUCAAUUAGUAUUAGGCCUGAGUCUAAGUAUUGGGCUUUACUUUUUUGGCUUUUCUCUUUAGUACUUUAGAUUAGGCUAAUAUGAUAAAUCAUUGUAAUGCAAAUCUACAACUACAAUAAAUAUUGGCCUAAACUAUAUAUUAGUUGUGUGGGAUUUGAACAACAGAGGGUAAGGACAUUUCAUUAAAAAUGUAGUGCCUGUUCUCAAUAGGCAUAGGCCCUACUCAAAAUGCCAUAACUUUUUUACCUGUAAAGUUAAAAGCCUUAUUAAAAUUUUCCGCACAGUUUAAGUUUAAUUAGAUUUUGGGCUUUUAAGCCAUAUUAAUAUUUUAACUAAUGUAUUAAUGAGUGAUAUUUGAACAAGAGAGGGUCUAAAUAUAUUUAAUCGGUGACAUUUUGGCAACAUGGUGAGUAAAUUUUAUUUUAAAAUGUAGCCUUUUUUUGCAUUAAAAAUAAACAUUUUAUAAUAUAAAUAUUACCAAUUCAAAUUAUUUUAUAAUAAUGGAUAAGAAUAAGACGAAUUGAAAAGAUGCUGAUCCCAAAUGUUAAAUCCAAUCUUCCAAUCCAUGAAAUUGUUAAUCCAAGUAUCCGUGCUAUUAGGAAUCCACAGUACAAAUGAUGAUUACUUAACAUUAUAUUAGUACUUUUAUAGUUCAUUGAACGGCUGAACAAAAGAGAUACAUAUUCUUUCAUAGGAAGAUAAUGAUCAAAAGUAAUGAGUUGGCAGAGUCCAUGGCAAUUUUGAUCAAAUUUGUAACAGUUAUAGAUACCAUUGGUCAUGAAAGGUUUUCCAAAAAUGGUUUUCUUUGUGUCAAUAUUGUUGAUUCCAUCCAUCAUGAUGAUAAAUAGGAGUCCUGAGUGUAUAAAUUUCCAAAUAAAUGCAGUUGAUGGUGAAAAAUAUCAAUGCUGUCAAAAUUAUGCUCUGGUGGUUGUUCGUGGUGGAUCAUCCAAUAGGACAUUCAGUCACACCUGAUAGGUUUUUGUUAAAACAGGAAAGACCAGUACAACAAAGUGAAAUUGUUCACGCUGACACAUUUUGGCAGCUGAAGCAAAACUUAACACUGCUGGGCGGCCAGUACCUCUGAGCUGGAGAGGUAUUAUCUUCCACUUCAUCGCUACACAAACUUCUUGUAUUUCAAUGUGGGUCAUGUAGUCCAGACAAACUGAAAUAGAGAUAAAGAAUAGUUUUAAUUAAACACAAAAUAAGCAUUUUAACAUAAGUAACAAAAGGGACCUUCUAUAUUAGAUUUUUUUAUAUAUCUAAGAUUGUAUAUUCCAGUGUGAUAGUUCUGUAAUUAAAUUAUUUAUUAAUUAAGACUAAUGGUGAUUUUAUUUAUCCUGUCUAUCCAGUAUAGAUAUUAUUUUGUUAUGUUCUAACAUUAUAUUUAUUCAGAUUAAGACAAGCUUGUAUUACAUAUCCAUUAGGUAACAUUAUUCCUUAUUAAUCAGAUAUAAAUUUACUGAUAUAAAAAAGUCUGGUAGUCUUUAUGAGCCCUCAUUACAGCUUGUCCAUCAACUGGAAUGGACAGGCAUGAACCGUAGGUAUUUCUAGUACUAGAAGCACAGCUCCUCCAAAAUGUGGUGGUGACAUGGCUAUAAAUUUAAAAGAAAGAAAAUGCCGAGACAUUUAAGACAUUUUUCUUAUAAAAACUACUAGCUUAGCUGUUGUUUAAAAAAUAAAGUUAUUCAAUGACCAGAAUUAAAGACUGGGCUAAGUCUGAAAAGUCACAUAUAAUAGCUUUGAGCUAAAGCAGUAAAGCUUAAAGGCAAGAAAGGAAAUUACAUUUUUAAAAAUGGGGUAUACAAAAGGAAAAUGAAAAAGAGAGAUAGGUUAUUUAGAAGACAAAGGUAAAUAAAAUUAUGAAACUUAAUGAAAAUAAAAAUAGAUGAUGACAGAUGACGUUUAGUAGCUGCUGAGCCUACUACUACUAUUCAUUGAUUACCGUAUCUAAUCUAAUAUGAGUUUAAGAUAAACUAUAUCAUUAAGGGUAUUAUUAUUCUUGACAUGGUUAUCAUAGUUGUAAAUUUUAUUUAAAAAAAAAAAUUAAUAAUGAAAUUUCAUAAAAUAUGUAUAAAUUUGUUUUCAGUCAUUAAAUUAAAACAAAUUAAAUAAUAUAAAUUAACUGGAUGGCUUUUUAAAAACAAUAGAUUUAUAAAGAUUUUAAAUACUUCUUAUGCAAUAAGAAUAACAACAGAGAAUGGCUAUCACUUCCGGUUCAUUUGGCCUAAUCAAUAAAUGGUUAAUGAAGUAUGCUCAAAUCGACACCCUGUCUUUACAAUUUAAGGCCUAUCUAAAUGUCAUUAUGUUUCUUGAUUCAAUUAGUUAAAUUGUUCCUGCAUAGAAUACAAAAAAGAAUUAAUGGGAAUACUAUUAUGGUUUCCGAAAUAUAGUGCUUACCUGUUUUCCCAACGAAAGAUAUCUGCCACAAGCACUGUAAGUCCGAUGAAAAAGUUAAUGUCAUAAUAUCAACCUCCUGGUGUGCACAAACCAGUCUAUAGCAAGUUCAUUGUCUCUUCUUUACAUAGACAAAGGAAACUAGAUCUUUAUAUGAUCCCGUGACCUACCGGCAUGGACCGUUCACUGAUUUAUGGUUUGUUUCUCGCAUUCGAAAUAACGAUCUGUGCGCAUGGCGUAGUAGUGAAUUACCUACUUCUUCUCUUCUUCUUCUUCUAUAUCUUAAGGGCCCACGAUCAAUUUAUUGAUCAUUUUGGCUCCUAUGCAUGUAGAUGGGAUUUGCAAUGUUUCUGUUACUGGUGGUGAUGAGGAAAUUAUGCACCAGGGGUUUGAAGGCUUGAGGCAAUAGACACAAAUGUGUCUAGUGUUGUCGCCUCAACUGUUCCUUUUGAAAGAUGGUUCCAGUCCCUGAUUGUCUUGGGCAGGAAUGAGCAGCUCCUAUACUGGCUUCUUGCUGGUAUGAGCCUGAAUUGCCUGUCAUGGCCUCGUCGCUGUCUAUGGGGGAGAGGGACGAGUUUCUGUUUAAUACCGGAACAGUGGACCAGCCCAUUAUUUAUCUUGUACAUCAUGGAGAGCCAGGAUUGUCGUCGUCGUUUCUCCAAUGGUGACCAGCCUAGUGUUUCUAACUCCAUUUGGUAUUUACUAUUUAAUAAUUUAAUCUAUUAAAUUAUCACUAUAUUAGACAAUGAUCAAUCAUCGUAGAGGCCUUAAAUUUAAAAAAACAAACUUUAUGAUGCCUAAAGGCCUAACCUAUAAUAGUACUAUACUAUCAAAUACUAUGUUUAUAUAAUAUCCCUAUUGUCUAUUCUAUAUUAUAUAAUUCUAUGGCUAUUUUAAUCAUAGUAAAUUGCAUUUAUUAAAUAUUGGCCUAAACUUUUCUGUUGUAUAACCAUAUAACUAUUCUUUAUAAGUAUUAGUUGUAAGGCAGGGCCAGGGCCUAUUUUAAUAAAGUCAUGGUCAUGAGUCCUAUUUUUAGGCCCUAAACACAGGCUACUACUAAUCAAUGACUAAUGGAUGAAUUAAUAGCAAUCCAAAUGGGCUUUAGCCCCUUGCUUUAUUUCAUUUAUAAGUCAGCCUAUAAAAAGCAUAAACCUGCUUUGCCUUGGCACUUCGGUAUAGUUCGGGAAACGCCAAAAACUUGGUGUCAUGAUUUCGUUAUCAAAAUAGCUCAUAUGGCGACCUCCACUUUUUAAUUCACUGAGGGUCUAAUUAUUAACCUUUUUUUUUUUGCCAACUAUAUACUGUAUACCAAAAUACACAUUCUAUUUCUGCUUACAUCUUUAGACUCGCUGUUUUAGUUUUUUUCAUUAGACACUUUUGCUCCAAAAGGAAUUUGAGUUCUUCAUUUUGAACAGUGGAGGUAAAUUAAUGCUCACUUUAUAUAUAUAUAUAUAUGUUUUUGAAAAUGGUUGUCUUUUAAUUUUAAAGUGGUUCAGAGAUAACUGUAUAAAUUACAACAUAUCAAAUUUGUGACGUUAGGACCAACAGGUUGGUAAAAAAAUGUGUACACAUUUUUGUCACGUGUCCCAAAAUUACCUAUUAUCGAUAACUGACUUUUUAAAAAGUAAAUAACUUUGUUUACGCUGGAAAUCCAGCUUAUUACCCCAUAAUAGCUCUUUCAGAAACAAAAAGAAAUAAUUUAAUAACACAAAUACAUAUUUUUUACUAUGAUUUGAUGCUUUUAUUGAGGGGUAUUAAUUGGAGAGUGGGUUAAAUAGGCCUUAUUAUUAUUACUAUUAUUAAAUUGUUAUUAUUGUUAAAUUAUCUAUUUAUAGGGCCUACAAGCCUGUAUAGUACUGUAUAUAGUAUUAUAAGUAUAGGCCUAGCACCACCCCAACUUAUUACUUGUAGGACCCAUUAUUCGUUAGAUGUAAGUAAUACUAUUUUAAGGGAUAUAGUUGAUUCUUAAGACAUAAAUUUAGUAAAAAUAUUUUUAAAAAUAUUCACUUAUCUUUGAUAUUGAAAAAUCCUUUAUUUAAUCAUGUAUCGCAAUGUUCUACAAGAGAGUUAUUAUAUAAUCCUCAGUAUUUUCAAAGAAAAAACCCACUUUCUCAGACUUUCUGCCACAAUAAUCCAAGGUUUACUAAAGAAAUUACUAAAGAACAAUCAUAAAAACGUGUACUUACCCCAAGCAAAUGACUAGAAAUUAUUUUAAUUUCUAUCAACCUCCAAAGUUGAUUCUAACAAUGCAUGUUGAUUUGUGAAAUAAGAUUACUCACUUAAAAUAAAUGACAUACUAAUUUUUGGUUAUAUUCAUAUAUUGGAAUACAUAUAUAGAAUAUGGUAAAAUAAAAAGUCUAAUCGUCAGAUGAAUCAAAUAAUCCCUGUAUUAUUUGUUUAUACUUAUGAAUGUCAAACAAUUUCACAGAAAAUUUGAAAUUAAUACCUAAAGAAUGUUAUUAUUAUUGGGAAAUUUAAAAAGUAUAUAUUAAAACAAAAUUAAUUAAAUACUAAUAAGUGACGAGUCAGCAUAUUUGAUACAUUUUUAAUAAGGAAAAUUGUACCGUUUUUUUUAAAUUUUGUGGAAUCUAACAAAAGCUAAACUUAUAUGUUGUGGAUUUAUUUAGAAGAACUCAUAUUAAACUGUUUCCUGUAAAUAUUAUAUUUUUGUCUCAAUUUAUAAGUUAUAGGUGUAAAAUCAAAAGCAUAAUAAGGGUCAAGAGAUGUGGAGGAAACCCCUAUAGUGAAAAAGUCGUUUUGAGGUCCUUAUUACAAAAUUCAUUAUUAAGACACCAACAAAUUGUGUCACUAUAACAAUAUAAGUUACGAUUUAAUAAUAAUUAUACAUAAGCCCGCAGCUAGGGGCAAGGUGAGGCACUUGCGCCCCCCCCCCCCCCCCCCCCCCCCCCCCCCCCCCCGCGCCUCCCAUUCUAUAUAACAAUAUAAAAAAAAAACAAAAAAAAAANAAAAACCCCCCCCGAAAGUUAAUCGUUUUUUUUGUCCCCCCCCCCCCCCUUCUAGAAAGUUUUCUGCGGGCGCCCAUGACAUUAUACACAAGUAAACGGUUCGGCACAUGCCUUCAUCAGUACAAACAAAAAAACGCAUUUAAAUAAGUAUAAAUUAAAUUUACAUAAUAUCAAUAAUAUAAAUCUACAUAUCCUACCUAAAAAAAAGGAGAGGGCGCUAAAACCAGACAGCACCAAAGUAAAGAGGCGUAGAAAGGAAGUGAUUAUUGCAGUCCAACACUUUUUAUCAUUAGUUCAUUUGACAAAAUUCAUAACUUUUGAACCACUUGAGCUAGAAAGUUGAUCUGUGUUUGAUCUCUAGGCUCUACACAGCUGUUGUAAUUUUAUUUUAUAUUUUAAAAAUGUUUUGAAAAUGUCAUCAAAGUGCCUACUGCUACUAUACUGACUCUACUGAUGAUAUAUUCUAUUUAAAAUAUGUGUUCUUAACAAUUAAAAGGGUUCUUUUAAAUGGGCCAUUUGCCUACAUUCUACAUCCACACUCUUAUACUAUCAAUAUCAUACUUUAUAGUCAUAGUAUUAUGAUAGUCGUUCAUAUAUUUUAUAUAUUGCCUACAUUCUAUAUGUACAACAUUCACUUUGUGAGAGAAAUAUGUAGGUCUUCCAGGUCAAAGUACUCAAAGUGAGAUUGAUUAUCAUAGGUCCAACUUGCUGAUUACACUGUAGGGACUUAGAGUAGAGUAAGACUAAGAUUGUUCAGACCUAAUUAUUUUAACUUAUUCGUUUCAAUCUUUUAAAUUUUUCUAAUAGCCAAAGGCAACUCGUCUAUAGUAUAGGUCUGUAAUCUAUAUAAUAUAUAUGGGCCUACUAGUUAUACUCAUCAUAACUUGAGUAUAGCUAUCCAUAAGGGCUCGUACUCGCAUAAUGAGAUAGGCCUGCUAGCAGUUAACAGUAAAAAUAGAAUGCUAAUAUACUGGCAAUACUAGACUCAUUUCUUUAUAAUUGUAUAGGUUAUUGAAAGCUGUCUACAACCAAGUGAGCAGGUACAUUCCUGUACAUACAAAUGUUACCAGAAGUAACACUUAGGCUUAGUCUUAGACAUCUUAGUGACUUGCAGUAACACCAACUGUGUCCAGCUAACUCACUGGAAACCCUAACACUACUCAGGGACCAAUAACAUUAGUAUUAUACUCUAGAGGCAACUCUAGGAAUUCAAGUCAAGGUAAUCAAGGUUUAAAAAAAAAGACAGACAUCGUAAAAAUCCAAGGCCUAUAAUAUGGUGUCUAUUAUAACAAAAGAGUGCUUUAAAAAAUUUAAUUAACUCCUGUGUAUUUAUUUAUCCCAAAUCAACUCAAAGUAGUACCCUAAGUUUAAAAAAAAUAUGUUUUAAUAAUUACAUAAGUUACUAUUGGUUGGUUGAUACUGAGAGAUAGACCUGUUAUCUUCAUCUGAUAACUCUAAAAGUUAACUCCCACAGCAAAUUUUUCUUUGACCUUAAAAUUCUAUUAAAUAUGAAAUAAGAAUGGGUGUGUUUGAAAGUUAUAUUUUUCUUUCUUCAUUAAAUUUUCCCUGGUGAACUUUCUUUCUGAGUGGAUCAAGAUGUUUGAUAAAUUAUAUAACUUAUCUUAAAACUUAAAUUCAUUAACUUCUUUACAUAUUCCGUGUUUUAUUGACGGAAUACCUCUAUUUACAUAAAGAUUCUUUGCAAUAUCAUUUAUGGUAAAAACAAGUAUACAAACCAAAAAGAAAUAGCAACCUAGUGGAUGUUGAAUACAAAACCCACCUACUUUUAAACACAUCCACUAAAACGUUAUACAUAAUUAAUAGUUCAUGAUGUAAUACAAAAUAACAUGUUUGAAUUAAAGAUGUUCAAUGGAAUUAGGAUCAACAAUGUUUUUUUUUGAAAUGAGACUUUUAAAAAUACUUAUGAAAAUAAAAAACGUAAAAAGCAAUAGCCAUAUGGCAUAAUGUAUAAAACAGCCACUAGCUUCAAGUGUCCAACUAUACUGAAAUGUUUCCAUCAAUAGAUGACUGACUGCUGCUAAUAAUGAAAUAAAUUUAAACUGCUACUUUUUAAUCUGACCUUUUUAUGUGGAGAAUUUGGGAACCCAUUGUAAAAACCAAUCUCAGGUUUAAAAUGAGAUUCUUGAGUCCACUAUCAAUAACCUGCCAAAUAAAAACUGAAGUUACUUGACAAAAAGUGCAUUCAAAUAACCCACUUAUUUUUAUAUAAGAGCCAUACAUUCACACUUAGUGAAUUAUUAUUUGUGAUAUCUAAGUUUUUAUUUAUUUAAUGUUUUGGUGAAGGAGAUUAUAGCUUUAUUUAUUAAAGUGGGGUUUCUUUUAAUGUACUUAACAUUUUCAGUUUGCUGAGAGAGUAUGAAUGUAAGUGUAAGAUAAUUAAGCCGAUGAUUCAACUAUAUGCCGUCUUCAGCAGACAAUAUCUGUUUGAAGGCACAAGUUUAAUUUUAAUUUAAAUUUAUUUGUUAUAUUGUUUUGUCCUCAUUGAAAUGUUUUGUCUGCUGAAGACGGCAUCUAGACUAAAGCAUGUGCUUAAUUAUCUUGUCUUUUAUUUUUAAGCCUAAACAAUCUUGUUCCACUAUUGACAGUCAUCAUUCAUUAGGUCUAUAGUAUAGUGUUGGUUUAUCUCAGUUAUGUCAUUUAAUUGUUAUGAACAUUUUGGUUGGGAGCAAAUAACUUUUAUGCCCUGCCGGACCAACUGUUGUAUGCCUUCUGGCUAGACACUGUUUACUGUCUGACCUGGCACAUAGCAGGAUUAUUCUUUUCCUGUUUUGUGCCCAUUUUUGUAAUUUUAUUUUCUUGUUUAAAAAUAAACAAAGGUGAUCAUCGGAUAAAUAACUUUACACUGUACUAGAUCUGAAGUUUUCAAUGUCUACUCUGUACUAGAUCUGAAGUUGUCAAUGUGUCUACUCUGUACUAGAUCUGAAGUUUUCAAUGUCUACUCUGUACUAGAUCUGAAGUUGUCAAUGUGUCUACUCUGUACUAGAUCUGAAGUUGUCAAUGUGUCUACUCUGUACUAGAUCUGAAGUUUUCAAUGUGUCUACUCUGUACUAGAUCUGAAGUUUUCAAUGUGUCUACUCUGUACUAGAUCUGAAGUUUUCAAUGUGUCUACUCUGUACUAGAUCUGAAGUUUUCAACGUGUCUACUCUGUACUAGAUCUGAAGUUUUCAAUGUGUCUACUCUGUACUAGAUCUGAAGUUUUCAAUGUGUCUACUCUGUACUAGAUCUGAAGUUGUCAAUGUGUCAACUCUGUACUAGAUCUGAAGUUUUCAAUGUCUACUCUGUACUAGAUCUGAAGUUGUCAAUGUGUCUACUCUGUACUAGAUCUGAAGUUGUCAAUGUGUCUACUCUGUACUAGAUCUGAAGUUUUCAAUGUGUCUACUCUGUACUAGAUCUGAAGUUUUCAAUGUGUCUACUCUGUACUAGAUCUGAAGUUUUCAAUGUGUCUACUCUGUACUAGAUCUGAAGUUUUCAACGUGUCUACUCUGUACUAGAUCUGAAGUUUUCAAUGUGUCUACUCUGUACUAGAUCUGAAGUUUUCAAUGUGUCUACUCUGUACUAGAUCUGAAGUUUUCAAUGUGUCUACUCUGUACUAGAUCUGAAGUUUUCAAUGUGUCUACUCUGUACUAGAUCUGAAGUUUUCAAUGUGUCUACUCUGUACUAGAUCUGAAGUUUUCAACGUGUCUACUCUGUACUAGAUCUGAAGUUUUCAAUGUGUCUACUCUGUACUAGAUCUGAAGUUGUCACUGUCUACUCUGUACUAGAUCUGAAGUUGUCACUGUCUACUCUGUACUAGAUCUGAAGUUGUCAAUAUGUCUACUCUGUACUAGAUCUGAAGUUGUCACUGUCUACUCUGUACUAGAUCUGAAGUUGUCAAUGUGUCUACUCUGUACUAGAUCUGAAGUUGUCAAUGUGUCUACUCUGUACUAGAUCUGAAGUUUUCAAUGUCUACUCUGUACUAGAUCUGAAGUUUUCAAUGUGUCUACUCUGUACUAGAUCUGAAGUUGUCACUGUCUACUCUGUACUAGAUCUGAAGUUUUCAAUGUGUCUACUCUGUACUAGAUCUGAAGUUGUCAAUGUGUCUACUCUGUACUAGAUCUGAAGUUGUCACUGUCCACUCUGUACUAGAUCUGAAGUUGUCAAUGUGUCUACUCUGUACUAGAUCUGAAGUUUUCAAUGUGUCUACUCUGUACUAGAUCUGAAGUUUUUAAUGUGUCUACACUGUACUAGAUCUGAAGUUUUCAAUGUGUCUACUCUGUACUAGAUCUGAAGUUGUCAAUGUGUCUACUCUGUACUAGAUCUGAAGUUGUCAAUGUCUACUCUGUACUAGAUCUGAAGUUUUCAAUGUGUCCACUCUGUACUAGAUCUGAAGUUGUCACUGUCUACUCUGUACUAGAUCUGAAGUUUUCAAUGUCUACUCUGUACUAGAUCUGAAGUUUUCAAUGUGUCUACUCUGUACUAGAUCUGAAGUUUUCAAUGUCUACUCUGUACUAGAUCUGAAAUUGUCACUGUCUACUCUGUACUAGAUCUGAAGUUGUCAAUGUGUCUACUCUGUACUAGAUCUGAAGUUUUCAAUGUGUCUACUCUGUACUAGAUCUGAAAUUUUCAAUGUGUCUACUCUGUACUAGAUCUGAAGUUUUCAAUGUGUCUACUCUGUACUUGAAUGUUGCAGUUUAGAUAGAUCUAAAGUAUUAAAUGUGUCUACUCUGUACUAGAUCUGAAGUUUUCAAUGUCUACUCUGUACUAGAUCUGAAGUUUUCAAUGUGUCUACUCUGUACUAGAUCUGAAGUUUUCAAUGUCUACUCUGUACUAGAUCUUAAGUUUUCAAUGUGUCUACUCUGUACUAGAUCUGAAGUUUUCAAUGUGUCUACUCUGUACUACAUCUGAAGUUUUAAACGUGUCUACUCCGUACUAGAUCUGAAAUUUUCAAUGUGUCUACUCUCUACUAGAUCUGAAGUUUUCAACGUGUCUACUCUGUACUAGAACUGAAGUUUUCAAUGUGUCUACUCUGUACUUGAAUGUUGCAGUUUAGAUAGAUCUAAAGUAUUGAAUGUGUCUACUCUGUACUAGAUCUGAAGUUUUCAAUGUCUACUCUGUACUAGAUCUGAAGUUUUCAAUGUGUCUACUCUGUACUAGAUCUGAAGUUGUCAAUGUCUACUCUGUACUAGAUCUGAAGUUUUCAAUGUGUCUACUCUGUACUAGAUCUGAAGUUGUCAAUAUGUCUACUCUGUACUUGAAUGUUGCAGUUUAGAUAGAUCUUAAGUUUUCAAUGUGUCUACUCUGUACUAGAUCUGAAGUUUUCAAUGUCUACUCUGUACUAGAUCUGAAGUUUUCAAUGUCUACUCUGUACUAGAUCUGAAGUUUUCAAUGUGUCUACUCUGUACUAGAUCUGAAGUUUUCAAUGUGUCUACUCUGUACUAGUUCUGAAGUUUUCAACGUGUCUACUCUGUACUAGAUCUGAAAUUUUCAAUGUGUCUACUCUGUACUAGAUCUGAAGUUUUCAAUGUGUCUACUCUGUACUUGAAUGCAGUUUAGAUAGAUCUAAAGUAUUCAAUGUGUCUACUCUGUACUUGAAUGUUGCAGUUUAGAUAGAUCUGAAGUUUUCAAUGUGUCUACUCUGUACUUGAAUGUUGCAGUUUAGAUAGAUCUAACGUAUUCAAUGUGUCUACUCUGUACUUGAAUGUUUCAGUUUGGAUAGAUCUAAAGUAUUCAAAGUCUCUACUCUGUACGUGAAUGUUUCAGUUUGGAUAUAUCUAAAGUAUUCAAUGUGUCUACUCUGUACAUGAAUGUUGCAGCUCCUAUAACCCUCCCUUACUCCCAACUUUAAUAACGCCCUCCCCAUGUUCGCUCCUUCCCCAGCCAGAUUUCAAUAGUUUUCCGCCUGGGCGUUGAUUCUCCAUUUCCUGUGUCCACACACUGUAUGUCAGGAUGCCCCUUAUAGCUUUUACCGGCUUGUGAUCCACCACAAUUUAUGGCACACCUUCUCUCUCCCCCCCCCCCCCCCCCCCCCCCCCAAUUUGUUUGCUCUCGUCAGCUGACCUGAAAUGAGCGUGUGCUUGGGAGAAAUGCUUUUUACAAGCCUCUGGUGUGUGUCAAUGUAGUUUUAUUAAGAAUUUUACUCAAAAUCUUACCAAUUCUCUUAGGGCAUUAUUUACAAAUCGCUCAUCAGCGUGUGUGAUGAGUAUAGACUGUAGACAGUAAUGAAGUCAUUAAGUCUGCAUUGUUAGUUCAUUGAUACAGCGGCAUUAUGCAUUAAUCACGCACCGGCGGGGACAAGUUCUUCUGACAUUGACAGUGAAUGAGGUGAUUUGCUCUGCAUUCCACGCUCUGCAUUCCAUGGUCAAUGCUAGCAAACAUCAAUUCCUCCUGUGGUGCACUAACUUUGUCAAGCGCACAGCUACUACUACUACCCUUUAUUUCAGAGUUCAUCACUGAGCGCAUGCUUUUAUUGAUGACUAACGCAGUGUCAAUCAUUGGCAGUCCUGAUGGAUGGAUCAGAUUCAUGUCGUUCAUUGCACCAAGUUAACAGCUAAUACUCUUUUUGGGAACUAAAAUGUCUAAAUCAAUUGUUGCCAUGUGAUGUAGAACUCGGCCCUCUCUCUGGCCCAACUAAAUCGUUUAAUGCCCUGUGCGCGAGGCUUCCAUCCUUGACAUGGAUUUUAAUAAGUGUGUGGGGGGGGGGGGGGGGGGCUCAAAACAUAGGACAUCAGCAUUUCAAACUAGUGUAAAAGUGUCGUCUGACAUGGGUAUAUGAAAAUCGUAUCCAGUGCCCUACAUGUCAAUACCAGGGGAUCCCCUCGACAUCCCAAAAGGCCCGUCUGUCACACAGUGUGGGCGGAACAAGAUCUCUAUGCCUCAUGACAGCUACCAGUCCUACGACGAGUAUGUGCUUUAACAAGGGUGGGCUUUCUAUGGUCCACGGGCCACAUGCGGCCUGCUGAAACGGUUAAUGUGACCCACAAGAUUUUCCGGGACUGGAUUAAACGCUCUCUUAAAAUGUACAUACUGUAAAUGCAUUUGAAAGUUAAUAUCAGUGUAUCAAUGUCAAACUCUCAAAAUGACAAUUCGUAGCAAAUUUUAUUUAAAAAAUCAUUCUAAAUUAUUUUAUUAAUGAUGUGUAUGAGGUAGAUUUAAAAUUAUCACUCUCCCUCCCCCCCCCCCCCCCCCCCCAAAAAAAAAAAAAACAAAAAAAAAACAUCACUUCCAUACGACCGAAACAAGGGUUGCCAACUCCUGUUCCUGAUUUAUUCAGUGGUACAUCUGAACUGAUUCGUCUUGAUUGUGCUGCUGUACACUUCAGUGGCCGAGUUGAUUGACCUGUUGGUUACUCAUGUUAGAGCCCGGACACAAACUUGAUAUUUUGAUAAAGUUCUUUAUGUGUUGAUAUCUUUAUAUUGAUAACCUCUGUGUGGAUGUAAAGUACGAUCGUUCCAAACUGAGGUUUGUCUUUCAUGUGCACAUGUUGACGUUUUUUUUGGUGGUUCAGAUCAUAAAUGAUCGAAUACUUUUAAAUAAUACACAAGUCAAUAUUUCGGCACGUGCCUUCUUCAGUACAAGAAAAAUAAGUAUACAUUAAAUGUACCGGUACUUAAUAUAUAUAUAUAUACACACACAUCUAUCCGUUUUUUCACGAUCGUACCCGGUGUCCCGAAAAACUCUCUUGGGGACGCCUUAAUGUCCCGGUUCUAAAACCAAACACAUUUUCAAUUCACUAAAACUUCCUAAUUGAUAAUAUAAAUUCAAGUUAUAUUUUGGCCAGCUGUGUAGCCAGUGCCAGUAGUGAUGUGGUCUCGCGUGAUGGCUGCAUUUAAUUUGUUGUAUAGUAUAAAUGUUGUAAAAUAUGUAUAAAUAAAUAAGCAUUCACUGCAAAAUUAUUGUUUUCGUUUAUGAUUUGCCUCAGAGUUUAUACAACAAAUUAAAAAAUUGAAGGUUAAUUUUAAAAGAUUUCUAGGUCUCAAAAUAGUUAAAAUGAGCAUAUUUCAAUAAACAGUUUCCGGCGGAGGCCCCCUGACCCCUCUUUAGCUGGAGGGUAUCCCCCCUCCCCCAACCUACCUUGGGUGUGUCCCGUUUGUCCAGUUGCCAGUUGAUGAUUUGGUCACCCUAAUGUAGACGUCAAUGUUGUUCCCAUGAGGAUCGUUAUAAAAUGUUUCAACUUCAACAGACGGAAUGGGAUUUAAAGACGUUUACACCCCCCCCCCACCCCCCUCUUUUUAAAUUAAACGAUUGAUCAUUAGAGAUUGUAGCUUUUAAUGUCGCUAUAUUUAGAUUUAAAGAAAACACUGAUAACUUAGCACAGCACGGGAUCAACACGACACAGCCCUCUGUUUAUCAUUAUUAUGUUAUCGCUUCGAAAACCGUUUCCCAGUUUACGUCACCAGCGCCGUCAUAUGAGUCACACAGAUUUUUUUUUCUUCUUCUAAAGUUGUGAUUAUCUUUCUUUUUUUUCAGUACAUGUAUGAGAAAAUAGGUCAUACGUGUUUGAAUAAAUGUUCAUUAUUGUCAAAUACAGGAAUGGAAUAUUUUAUUUGAAGUCGCGUCCCCUGUGUGGCUUGUGGAUUAAGUGGCGUCGCCCCCGACCCCCUCGACGUUAGCCAGGGAACAAGACCACUGUGGGCAGACAAGGGACGUGCGCUAAAGGGCUGCCAGCUGUGAGGCUUAGUAGGGAUCAUGAUUACAAGUUGCCGUUAAUGGAUAUGAGGCGAGAGGCGAAGGUGGUGACCUCUGGCCGAUGAUUCUUACUAUGCAGCCCUGAGAAGCUGCUCCAAGGCAACCGUUUCGUCCCAGCUACCUCUGAAAUUAGUUGCGACAUGGAAACCCCCUGUAGAAACCCUCUUAAAGGGCGUCACACGCUUCCCUGGGAUGGGUGGGGGGAAGAUAUUAGGACAUAAAUUUACCAUCUCGGCUCCUGAGAAAGUCAACUGUGUGCAAGCACAGUGUCGGACCGACUGGGUGACUUUGGGUUGGGGGGGACCCCAUUGAGCGGACUCGGGUGGGGGCUGUCCUGGCAAAGAGGCAUCUCCGACGUGCCGCUUCGCCGCCCGAUAUCGGGCUUGGGAGGGCAUAAAGAGCAUUAGCUCGACGGCCCGCUGACGCCAUUUCUUAAAGUGACAUUUGAAGCCGAGUUUUUAAUUUUUUUUUACACAAAUGAAUGAAUGAAUGUCAUUACGUCAGCGUUAGGGGAAUUCGGUUCUGACGACUCCAUUAUUUAGACUGGCGAAUUAGACUUGGCAGGUCUGACAGAAACAUAACAAGCUUGUCAACACCCUGAGGGCUGAUGUGAUGGGAUAGGCCGGAUAGAAACAUAAAUACCGGGUACAUGUCAUCACACUGCUGGCUGAUGUGAUAGAAACAUAAAUACCGGGUACAUGUCAUCACACUGCUGGCUGAUGUGAUAGAAACAUAAAUACCGGGUACAUGUCAUCACCCUGCUGGCUGCAGUGAUAGAAACAUAAAUACUGGGUACAUGUCAUCACACUGCUGGCUGAUGUGAUAGAAACAUAAAUACCGGGUACAUGUCAUCACGCUGCUGGCUGAUGUGAUAGAAACAUAAAUACCGGGUACAUGUCAUCACGCUGCUGGCUGAUGUGAUAGAAACAUAAAUACCGGGUACAUGUCAUCACGCUGCUGGCUGAUGUGAUAGAAACAUAAAUACCGGGUACAUGUCAUCACACUGCUGGCUGAUGUGAUAGAAACAUAAAUACCGGGUACAUGUCAUCACACUGCUGGCUGCAGUGAUAGAAACAUAAAUACCGGGUACAUGUCAUCACACUGCUGGCUGAUGUGAUAGAAACAUAAAUACCGGGUACAUGUCAUCACACUGCUGGCUGAUGUGAUAGAAACAUAAAUACCGGGUACAUGUCAUCACACUGCUGGCUGCAGUGAUAGAAACAUAAAUACCGGGUACAUGUCAUCACACUGCUGGCUGAUGUGAUAGAAACAUAAAUACCGGGUACAUGUCAUCACACUGCUGGCUGAUGUGAUAGAAACAUAAAUACUGGGUACAUGUCAUCACACUGCUGGCUGAUGUGAUAGAAACAUAAAUACCGGGUACAUGUCAUCACGCUGCUGGCUGAUGUGAUAGAAACAUAAAUACUGGGUACAUGUCAUCACGCUGCUGGCUGCAGUGAUAGAAACAUAAAUACCGGGUACAUGUCAUCACCCUGCUGGCUGAUGUGAUAGAAACAUAAAUACCGGGUACAUGUCAUCACACUGCUGGCUGCAGUGAUAGAAACAUAAAUACUGGGUACAUGUCAUCACGCUGCUGGCUGCAGUGAUAGAAACAUAAAUACCGGGUACAUGUCAUCACACUGCUGGCUGCAGUGAUAGAAACAUAAAUACCGGGUACAUGUCAUCACACUGCUGGCUGAUGUGAUAGAAACAUAAAUACUGGGUACAUGUCAUCACACUGCUGGCUGAUGUGAUAGAAACUUAUGUGUCGACAAGCUGGAAUGAGUUCAAUGGGACAGUUCUGUGGAUCAUAUGUAGCAGAAUGAGAUACAUUUACAACUUUUAUACAUUACGACUACAAGCGUAGCAGUUCUAUCGAAAUGCAUAUUUUCUGCAAAGAAGUGGCUAUUCGGACCCGGGUCAGAGAAGUUAAGAGGUUGGGAUUAAAAAAUUAAAAAAAUAUAUUAUUGGUGGGUUGUAAGGCAAUAUUUGGUAUCAAAUUGAAUGGACUAUAUGAUUAUAUAUUUAAUUCUUCAGUUUAACUGAAAUAAACUACCACAAAUGACAUCCGAAUAGCCUUGAGUCCAAAGGGACCCGGGUCCGAAUAGCAGCGCUGCAUUUUCGGUUCCAUUUUGUCUAAAUGCUAUUUCGAAUGUCAUUUGUGGUAGUUUAUUUUAGUUAAACUUAAGUUUACAAACAUAUAGUCAUGUAGUCCAUUCCAUUAUCUUUCAUUUGAUACCAAAUUUUGUCUGAAUAACCCUACAAUAAUUUUUAAAUAUUUGUUUAAUAAAAUCUAACGUCUCGGACCCCGGUCCGAAUAGCCGCAGCCUUUCUGCAAUAAUAGAUUCCGAUUUUGAGUUAGGGUCACUUAAUAAAUGGUAAAUGGGAGGUGUAAACAUGGAUAAGGCCAUACCUGGAAGUGUGACUAGGUCCAUCUGACGCAGGCGUCAGCUGUGGAUAUGGUACCAUGAAUGGUUAAGAGAACACAAUUGGAUGCAUCAACCAGGUAGAGUCGUUAUUUCAGAGUAAAUUAAAAUGGGCAUCCUCAUUUGUUUUAAGAUGACAAUCUCAAUUUGCUGUAAUCAAUAAUGGUGGUCUGUGAAUAGAAAAUAUUGCACCUUAAGAACCAGGCUACGAUCACUGACAAAGUAGCCGAUGUCCACUUGAUCACGGUUGAUCACGGCUUAGGUAUGUUUUGUAGAUACAGCACCCUAACCCAGCUUCAUCAGGUUUACUAUUGUCUUGGUUCAGGAUAUGAUGCACCUGGUGUUAGCCGUACAUAAUAAAGUAAGAUGAAUCGCGUGCAUUAGGUCAAUGACUUAUUUAUUCAACAGAGAUUUGGUAUUGAACUUGUUGAUCUGUGUACAUGUUCUGUCUGCUCUUAAAUUUAUCUUAGCAUGGAUAAUUUAACUUUUUUGAUGUGAUCUAAUACAUUUUGGCCUUCCUGCUUAGUAUUGGUAGGUCAUUUUCAUUUUUCUUCUUCAAAAUUCUGCUGUGAAUUGAAAUCAACAAGUUUGUUCUUAUAUUUGGAAACUCAAUACGGCAGUGACUUGUAAUGAAUGUCACAAAUGACUGGGGCGGGGGUACAGGAGAGAGCUCCAUUGGGCGGGAGUUAUUGUUAUUUUAGAGAAGACAUUGUUAAGGGAGUGACGUUAAGGGUAAUAGAUUCUCACAUCUUGAGAUAGAAGGGAUUGUUUCUUUCGAUAAUGUCAUGUUUGGGGCUUUCCAUGACUUCGCAUGAUAAUUUUUGGUUUGAGGGGAAAUUAUAAUUAAUCAGAAAUUAGGGUCAGGGAUGUGGUAAUUGAGAGCAUUCCUGGGCCACCUAUUGAGUUAGAGAAUCUCAUAUAAGACAGAACUUUUCAAGUUAGAUGGUUAGUUGAGGAAGAGAGAAAAGAGCUACGAUAGAGUUGAGGUAGAGAGAAAGAAGAGCUGAGAGAGCAGUUCAUAGGGAAUAGCUGCAAGAGAGGAGUCAGGAGAUGACAGUUGACCAGUUGACAUAGGAAUAGUUGAAAGGAUACAGUUGAACAGUUCAGUCAUAGAUAGCUGACAGUAAGUGAAGACUACAGAAGUACUUUAUAUUUUAGUAAUAAAAAUAGUCUAUUUUAUCAUAGGACACCUGGAGUUUGAGUUGUUGGAUUUCGUUCAAGUCUACGUUGUGCUUUUGUCUGUCCCAACGCUUAGACACCCACAAUAUAAAUCUCAGAGAGGAGCAGUCCUGUACUGACCACUACUUAGUCAAUAUAGUUUUUGAUAUGUCAUGACAGGAGCUCUCCUCCGUAACAACCGUUCUGUGACAAUGAACAGGUUUGUUUUUAUAUUUGGAAACUCAAUUUUACAGUGAAUUAACAUGUUUGUUUUUGUAUUUGAAAACUCAUCCAAAGUUUUUAACUUUUCUAUCAAAUAUUUUUUGUAACGCAAGUAAGUUCAUAAAUGUUGAAUUCCAUUUGUGUAGCUGGGAAAGAAACUUUAAAAACUGACCUCCUUCUCCCUUUUAAAAAGUCAGAUUAUUUAUAUGUUAUGCUUGACACUUUUCCCAGUGCGUGAACUUUGCUUGACCCAAAUUAGAUUCCUAGCACACGCUAAGUUCAUAGAUGGGCAUGGCUUAUCUCUUUGAUGUAUCGUGUUUACUACCAACUAGCUAUUAAACAUGGUUAGUGUCUCCUAGUAUCUUGUCGAAUGAUCGCGAUUUGUUCUAGAAACGUAAACAAAUGCUGAGUAGUUUCUGGAAGGUAGUGCUUACGCUGCAUAUAUAAAGGGAUUGACAGAGAUUGAGAUUGAGAGAGAUUCAUAUAGAUAUUACUAACUUUACGAGACAAUUGUAUUAUUCUUUGUGUGCCCAUAAGUAUUUAUUCAUCAUUCAUCAUUAUUAAUUGGCACAUUGUACUAAUUGUGUACCGGUACAAGAUUUUCCCAUACUCUGUAAGUUGAUGAUUUGUAAUUAUAUUUUCUUUUGUUUUGUAAUUGUAUUAUUACUGAAUUAAAUCUUAUUAAUUGUAAUUGGUACUGUUUUGGGUGUCAUAUAUUUGUUAUUGUUUUUCUCUAUGUUAUCGUCCUUAGAUAGGCACUGUUUGAACGAGCCAUAAAUUUAAAAUCGGCGAUUAAUUUGUCACAAUAGUGACAUAGACACAUAAGUCACAUCUUGACAACAAGAAUUGUCCAUUUGCAAACAUGAAGGCUUUAUAGCUGAUACAAUCAUGAAAAAUGAAAGUAUAAUGAGACAGUAUGAUGGAAACAAUAGAUUUUUUCUUGUGCAAGGAGAGAAAUAUAUGGACUUGAAGUGUGUGGUAGAGAACAGAACAGUUGAUUAAAGGCAAUAUUGGUUGUGGGUUGUUGUCUCAGACUGCUUUGUUUUCAUUAAAAAAAUAAUAAAAAAUAUCGAUUUAGCCUUUACACUGGUUGUAAAUCUUAAUUAUUGUAAAUGUUGGUUUUGGGGGAGGGUCAAUACUUGAUCAGAACAUGCUAGAAAGUGAAAACUAAUGAAAAUCUGCUUAGUUAGGUUUAGGUAUGUUUCUAUUUUAUUGACCCGGGGUGGGCAACCCUAUUGACAACCAUCACAUGCGGCAAAUGGACCUAAGAGUGACAAAUGUAAAAACUCUUUUUAUAAUAAGCAGCUAAGCAUUUGCACAAAUGUGCACACAGACAGUAUGUUGUUGCAUACUUAAACCGGUCUAUUUGCAACUUCAUGAUGAAGUUCAUUUAUUUCUUUUAAAGGUGGACAAUUUGGCUCAGUGAAUUAGCAGUCUCUCAAAUGGGGUAGUCAAGUUGACACAGAUCCCAAAUGAUUGAUGUGAAUCUAGGAGUAGAGAUGAGGUCUGCCUUGAAUCCAUUGAGAUGAACCAAAGUUGUGCAGCUUGAUAAUGAAAAUGAAUGUUAAAUCUUUGAUUAAAUUUUUGUUAAAAUAUGAUUAACAGCUUAUUUUUUCGUUUCAUUUUAUUUAGUAAAAGAAUUUCAUGAUUUCUAUACAGUGUGUGGCCAAUUUGACAUUUCAUUUCCCACAAAUGUGGCUUUUGUUUUGUGGCCAAAAAAAUGUAUCAUUUUAACUAUGAAAAAGGUCCUCUCCCCCCAAAUUUGAUCUGACCAUUUUAUAAGAAGAUCAAAGUAACUUAAUUGUACAUUACCCCAACAUCAAAUAUUCUUUCCAUACUUAAAAACCAUCCCUCAAGUGUGCAAGGUGGCUUUUACCCUUCAUGUUUGGAAAUCAUCUUUGAUAAAAGUCUAGUUCUUGUUUUUCUUUUUUUUUUAGAACUUUUCAAUGUCUCACUGACAUAAGAAGCAUUUGGGCUGGCAAAUAGUUUUUUUUGCUGUCGAUAAUUGCGUUGCUUCCACAUAAAAUAUACACUUUAAAUACAACACGAUUGUAGGCACCAUCAAGAGUUCACCUUUAGCUCUUUAAAAAAAUCAACCUACCUAUAUAUUUACAAGCUGUAUGGUGUCCGCAAGUGGAUGUUUUUCACACAUAGUUUGAAAUCUGUUAAAUUUAUCACCAAGACCUGUGGUGUAUUGAUGGAUUACUUGCUUGGAUGUGUUAGAGUCUUGGUUUGGCACCCGACAGAGGAACAUUUUUUACCUUCCAAACCCUCAUUUAUUAAUUUGGUUAUUGUACUGUUUUUCAUUUUUUAAAAAUGAUAAGUAAAUCCUAGCACACUUUAUAAUUUAACUUAAAAUAAAUGUUUGGAAGAAAUAAAAAUAUCAUGCAUGGUAAAUAAGAUUCUAUUUCCUUAUUUUUAAUGGGUCAUUUGUAAAAAUCUAACGAUUUUGAUUUAUUUGUUCCUCAGACUCUUGCUUCAAAAACAAUAGGGAUCAGUGCUUUCCAAACUCUGCAUUGGUUGUUUGGUGUGAAAGCUAGGAGUCGUUGGUCUACCCCUGAUUCAUGUACAAACGUGAUUUACUUCAAUGUAGUAAUGCUUUGGAUUUUUGAAUUGUAUCCUGAGGGAACCUUUGUGAAAGUGUAAUAUUUCUGAGAUGAUGGUUUUUCUUGUGAUUCAGCUGAGAUGGCAACAGAUCUGAAGGAUAAUCCUAUUCACCAUCACCUUCACUGCUCAGAUAUUCAAGUUCACUCCACUGCCAAACAUCCCCACCACCAGCCUCCCUUGCCAGUGCCUGUUCACCACCCUCUGCCACUCCCGGUCUACCAGCCUCACUAUCUCCCUACAACCAGGCUAAGUACUUCUACUGCUGAAUUGGAAGUAAAUGGCAACUACACUGAGAGUCUGGAGCUGAGAAUGCCGGGGUAUGCUUGCCGAUGUGACAUUAAUGGGGGGAUGGAUUGUCAGGAAACUCUUGAUCCUGGCACCCUCGAGAAGGAAACUGGACUCCCCUAUGUUGUGGCUGAUGGGGCCCUAAGGUCCUUGUCCUGUCACAAAUGUCAUUCGGCCAGAGUGGCUUUUCAAAUAGGAGUUGCAGGUGAGGAUUUACAAAACUCUCUGGCCAGGAAGCGCAGGGGUUCCAGUAAUGGUAGUUUUGAUGGCUCUUUGGAAAAAAUUGACGAAGACCAAGUGUCUACCAACACUUCGCACUACACAUUUCCUUCGCACUACCUUGAAAGAAGCUUAUCAAAUUCUUCAGUUGAAAAAACUUUAGCCCAACACAGAACUAUUGAGAGUUUUCAGGUUGCUAUUUCAGCUGCCAACUCUGUAAAUUAUAUGGGAGAGGUUGGGGGCGUCAAAAUUAAUGGCAUACCGUCCCCUCCCACAUCAUCCUGCUCCUCUUCCCCCUCAUCCUCAGUCAAAGACUUCAGCCCUUUGCCACAGAUCAAUGAGAUAUUGCCUGAAGAUAUUUGCUCCGACGUGAAUGACAGCAUCAUUUCUUUGACCUUACAAGCAGAGAACGAGCCUGAGGUUGACCAGUCGCAGAAUGCCUCCAUUGGAGCUGGAGGGGGCAUGGGUGACUUGAUAACAGACAAGCUGUCUCCAGAGGAUUUAUCUAUAGCACAGAAAACGUUAGACUCAGGCUCUCUGUGUCUUCCUUUGCCAUUCAGAUUUCUCAAAAACUCGCCAGCUUCAUCCUCGAAAGAUAGAAAUCUCAGUGACAAACCGCCAGCCGGCCCAACCAACAGCCACCGAAGUAAAGGUCGUCCUCCACCAAGGCAGUCUUGGUUGCUCAGACUGUUUGAGUCAAAAAUGUUUGACAUGAAUAUAGCAAUCACAUACCUGUAUAAUUCAAAGGAACCUGGAGUGCAAACCUAUAUAGGUAAGAAAUCCCCCCCCCCCCUCUUAAAUUUAAUAGUGCUUUAAAGAGAGUUUGUGCUUGGUUAAUUGAGCAGAGAAUCAAGUCCUGAACUACCCACAGAAUUAAUUACAUUUUAACAACACAAAGGAACCUGGAGUGCAAACCUAUAUAGGUAAGAAAUCCCCCCCCCCCCCUCUUAAAUUUAAUAGUGCUUUAAAGAGAGUUUGUGCUUGGUUAAUUGAGCAGAGAAUCAAGUCCUGAACUACCCACAGAAUUAAUUACAUUUUAACAACCAUGUUAUUUCUGUUUUUAAAAAAAUCUCUAUGAAAAGUGGUUGAUCUUAAAAUAUGUUCUAUUUUAUUACUAAAGACAAGUAUUGAUCCUUUCAGAACAGGCAGAAAGGGAAAAUUCAUGAAAAUCUGCUUAGUAAGGUUUGGGUAUGUUAAUGUUAUUUUUACUCGGGGUGGGCAACCCUGUUGACAACCAUCACAUGUAAUAAAAAGUAUUGUGUAAAGUGGUUCUCAAGUUGGUGGAUCAACACAUGUGCUGCAGUUUUAUGGUGGUCUGCAUGCUGAAACUGGAGAUGGGAAUCAAAAAGAACUCUCCGAAUUCAAACCAUGUGGACCAUCGAACCAAUCACGAACUUCAACAUCACUUUGGGGGCGUCCAUUAAUGACGUAAAAAAAAAAGGGGGGGGGGGGUUGAAUGUUUGACAGUUGUUGACAAGGAUGAAGGUUUUUUUUUUAGAUUAGUUGAUGUCAACAAUCAUGUUCUUCUAUUAGAAUUUUAAUCUUAAAAAUUGUCUUGUACUUACAUUAUUUUAAACAAUUUAAUGAGUGUAAAUAGUCAUAUAUGUUUAGCUUUUAACAAUAUAAGAGUUUUUAAUAUGAGUCUGUCUGUGCAGUGAAGAUGGUUGGUAAGAAUGUUAGCAGACUUUGUUAGUGCAAGAGAAGUCAAAAGUUGGAAUCUCUUCACUUGUCAUUUUCCUCUAAAUCCGCUCUCUAGAAUGAUUAACACAUCAUUGUACACAGUGUUUAAUUUAAAUAAAACACCAACUCAUCUGUGUUCAAUAACAACUCUACCAACCCAAAGACAGAGAGAGCAACUAUUGAAAUAACAACUAUACCAACUCAAAGACAGAGAGAGCUAAUGGCAAUUAUUGCUCACACCGACAAUACUCCAUUUCAAGUGCUGAAUGGUUAGAUAAGGAUGAUGUUGACUUGUCUGGUGUAUCAGUUCCACAAGAUGAAAAUGGUAAAUCAGCUACUAUACACAAUGCCCAUCAGGGGUGUCAUUUCAGGUUUUUUUCAAGGGAAGGGAGGGGGGGUCAAAACCAAAAUUGGGUGGGCUUGUUAAGUUGUUUAUUACUGAAGGCGCAACAGUACAUAGCAAUUUAAAUAAAACCAGCAAAACGGGGGGAGGGGGGGGGAUUGCUCCCCCUGCCCUACAAAAAUGAUGUCCCUGAUGCCCAUUGUUAAGAUACAGCAACAACUGGCUACUUUAUGGGAAGAUAAUAGCAGCUAGAAACUAUGCUAUAAUUGUCUGCUGUACUGACAAGAAUCAGAUUUAUACUUCCACAAACAAUGAUAUUUAGUCCUUAAAAAAGUUUGUUUCUGCAUUAUAAAAUUUAAGUGCAAAAACUUUUUAACCUGUUGAUUAACAAGCUAAACAUGUAAUAAAAUGAUUUCAUUACAAUUGUAUGUGUCAUUUAAAUAGAUCAGCACAAAGUAAAAUGUAAAUUGAAAGUUUGACAGUUGUUGACAGUGGGGGGGGGGGAGGUAAAACAAAUGCAUAAAAAUUGUUGAUGUAAUUAAUGGACGACCCCUUAGUACAAACUUAGCGAGCUUAUCUCCAACUUAUUCGUAAAUGUUUUACGAAAUCGACACAUCACUACUUACGCCACCAAUGCUUAUCGUUUAAUUAAAACCAGAAAACCCAAUUGAAAAACGAAAGGAUCUUUUUUUAUCAUCUCUUCUUGAAACUUCUGCUAUAGAGGGGGUGGGGGAGCUGGUGUGAGACUGGGGAGGUUAACCCUUCCUCAAAUGCUUUUGCUGAGGCCACACUUCAGUAUUUGUAUGAGUACUAUUACCUACCAGUGACUUGUUGAUUAGGAAUAAGAUAGUCCAUCUAUACAUAAAACCUCUAUCUACCAAUAAGUUGUGUCUUAUGGAUUAGACCAGGGGUCUCCAAACUUUUCAGCCCGAGGGCCGCAUUAACUGUCCAACAGUAGUUCGCGGGCCGACUGCACACUCGAGCAGGGUUUCUGUCAGCAUUAUCUCGCGUGAGGGCGCCAGCAGAUUCAUUGUUGGAAAUAGUUUUGCUCGGGGGGGGGGGGGGGGCACUUGGCUUUCCCUCGGCUGAUUUACAAGUGCCUUUUCAAUAGAGUGUUCCACCAAGUGACGCGUAUACUGCUAUGUAAGAUUAACUUCACCAAGUAGAACAACGUGAAAUUACGGACAUCGUGUAAAAGACAUUGUGCUGUAUGACAUUCAUGCUCAAAUGUUAAGAGGCGGUGCUAGUGACAAAUAGACCCAAAAAAAAAAAAAAAAUUUGUUAGCAUUUCUCGGUUUCGAUAUAUUUUGUUUUAAAAAAAAUAUAUACAUUAAAUUUAAAUAAAUUUAUAUUAAUUAUUAAAAGAUGUUAAAUUUUGUAAAAUAUCAUAUUGUUAAUUAAACAUUCAUUUUUUUAUGUUUUUAAUUUUUACUGAUUCGAUUCAUGUAUUUAUCGCCCGACCAAUGGAAAGUUUUAUUUCUGAGAAUUUAGAUAAAAGUAACUUCCUGUCACUUAAGAAAGUUACCGAACACUUCAAUCGGCGUUGAAUCAUGGCAAGAAGCCAGUAUAGGAGCUGCUCAUUCCUACCCAAUACAAUUAGGGACUGGAACAAGCUUUCAAAAGGAACAGUUGAGGCGACGACACUAGACACAUUUGCGUCUAUUGCCUUAAGCCUUCAAACUCCCAGUGCAUGAUUCCCUCACAAAGUAACACUUGCAAUCAGUGAAAUAUCGUCAUCAACACCAGGCACAGAAACAUUGCAAAUCCCUCUACGUGCAUAUGAGCCAAAAUGAUCACUAAAUUGAUCGUGGGCCCUCAAUAGAAGAAGAAACUGUGUUUUCUGACCUAAUUAUAGGGUCACCUCAUUUCUGGCGCAUUAACCUUGAACUUUUAAUAAAACAUGCAUUUGGAUUGGUUACAAGUGUGGAAAAUUGACGUGUGAUCGGUAACCCUUUUAUGAAAUUCGGUUGGACCGAGCAGUGCCGGUAUGGGCUUUGUUAAUAUGCAAUUUUUCAAUUUGGUGUCACCCGAUGCGGUCCGCACCCCCUAGCUACGCCACUGAUUGUAACGUAUGCUUAUGAAACUUGGACCCUAACAAAAUCGGCAAAAAAAAACAAACAAAAAAACCAAACUAUUAAACACAUGACAGAAAAGUUUUCCGUAAAAUAUGGAAAAUCUAUGGACCAACAAAUGAUGAAUAUGGAUGGUGAAUACGUUACAACCAGGAAUUGUAUAGCCUAUAACAGGAACGCUAGUAGCAGACAGAAUCAAACAACCCCUAAAAACAAAGUUUUUCCUAUAAAUCUUUGAUAAAAAGUCAUAUAUAGCACUGAGGGGACAGCUGAAACUUGACAACACGUGCAUACACGUGACGCACUUAAGAAGAAUUCCAAUGAUGGCGUCCCCCCUCCCCGGCUCGCAAAUGCACAUUUUUUUCACGCCCCUGAACUAUAUUAAUAUUUAAUGAUCUACCUGUUUGUACACUGCAGAUUUAUUUGACAAUGUUUCCAAACUAUAGGAACAUAUUACGCACCAAACGCACUUGCAAUAUUUGUUUUUUUAAAAUAAAUUAUAAAUGAGUGCAGUUAUCUGGCGUUUAUUUCGUUAAGUCAUAGUUCCUUUAUCUUCCUCUUGAAAAAGAGGGAAAACUGAGGGGGUGGGACUGAACAUUAGAUAGAAUGUGGUGUCAUCAGCAACGAGUUUCACUGCCAAGUUUCAGCUUGAUACGUUGACGGGAAGUGGGUCAGUAGAGCUGUCCAAAGAUUUUGCCAACCACCCAGCAUUGAGCAAAGGCGAUGUUAAUGUAAAGGAUUUUAAAAAGAAUGCCAAAUGACAGAAACUUGAAGGUGCACCACCAAAACCCCAGAGGAAAACGGCUCAAGGACACACCUAGGCUUAGAUGGUUGGAUGAUCUGGGGAAAAGAUCUACAGCAGCUGGGAAUCAAGUACUGAAAAGAAAAACAUAAGGUCUUGAGGGGAAGAUAGUGGUGAGGCAUGCCAAAGCCCUACAAAGGCUUGUAGCGCCACAUCGAUUGAUUGUCUGAUUUACAGUAUUCAAUUACCUUUUUCCCCUUUGUAGAACAUGCAUUGAAGUUGACAAAAUAAGAGUCCAGAAAACAACGUGCCUGGAUGGUGGUCUCUAGUUUCUGUAAUGACGGGUUCAUUCUUUGUUGUUGGAGCACAUUCAGACAUGGCUUGAAUUGACAACCACUCGUUGCUAUUGAUGGUAAUCUUUCCUUUCAGGUAACAGAAUGUUUAGCUUUGAAGAUUAUGAGGUGGACUUUUACCUGCCCCAACUGCUCAAUAUGUACAUUCACAUGCACGACGUUGCUGAAGCUAUUCAUCCUUAUCUAGUCCACAGGUGAGUAAGCUCAACUAAGAUGAACAUUUUUACUGCAGUCACGCUAAACACACCUCUUGUCUUAAUGAGCUACUUCAAAAAUACAUGUAAAAAAAAAAAUAAAUAUUGCUAGGUAACCAGUGGCGUAGAAAGGGGGUGUAAAACUUUUACUAAAAGGAUUAAUGUAAAGGAUUUUAAAAGGGACCGGUCCACCCUACAAUGUUUGUCCUAAUAUUAAUGGGACAUCAUUUUCUGACACUUGCAGAGUUUUUUCGUUGAAGGGGGGAGGGGGUAUUAAAAAUUAUCAGCCGCCCCGGGCGCCACUCACCCCUAGCUAUGCCACUGUACUUUACUGUUUAAACAAACUGUUGUUUGAUAUUGUCACGACACUGUUUAGAAUUGUUGUUAACUUUACUUUCUGUACUGUAGUGUGAUGAUUCAUUGGACACUCCUAGCCUGAAAGAGUUUUUUGGGUUUUUUUUAACUCCCACUUACGUACACAUUGAUUUAAAAAAAAAAAAAAGACUUUCUUGACAUAGACACAUACUAAACGGUGCGAAACACGUCUGCACCGAAUUAGUCAGUUUGUUAUGUACCUCAUUCAUAGAUACAAAUGUAUAAUUAUUUUCCUUUUUAAAGUUAUUUACCCUUAACCUUGUUCAUUGGCAUUUUUGUGGGGGGGGGGGUGUCCAAUGAUUUUUAAAGGUUGUGAAGAACACAAUUUAUAUUAAAAAUUAGUUCCUUUUCUGUCUUAAUUAAUAGUUUGUAUUUCAAUCUGACUGAUAUAAACUUAAAAUAAAUUUUGCUCCAGUUAUCAUCUUGAAUGGAGGUCAAUCUUGUCAAUCAAAUGAGUUGAGAUUCGUGAGUCGUCCGAGGUGAACAUUAAAUACAAUAGCUAGUUUCACGCGUACCGAAACUCAUGUGAUCGCACAGAAUUAAAGUAAAGAAACUGUUGAUCGUGUAGCAGCUAUCAAUAGCGCUAACACAUGGGGCUCUGAGUGUUGUAUUGGUCCAUCGAUUUUUUUUUUGCUGGCUACGUUUGAAGUGGAUUCAUGUCUUUUCCCUUCGGAACUCAGUAGUUGAACUUGACUUUAAACUUUUUGGUGCCAUCGAUUUUUUUAUGCUAGUCUUUAUCGUAGGGUUCCUUAGUAGUAUUUAAUAUCUUAACGGCUCCUGGUCUUAUCCUAAUCAUGUCAUAGCCUAGUAUUCUUCUCCUAGCCAUGUCAUAGCCUUUACUUUUUCAUGUCCAAUAGUUAUGUUCUAAUAGUUUUCUGGUGUUUACAACAUAUAGCAUUUUCUUUGUCAUGUCCAAUAGUUAUGUUCUAAUAGUUUUCUGGUGUUUACAACACAUAGCAUUUUCGGUCGGAGUAAGAUAUGGUGCACAGCCACCCUUUUCCACUAAAGAAGUUCCCAUGUUCCUCACAGAGCCGCUCACCUCCUCCCCCCAGGUCCUCCAAAGAAGUUCCCAUGUACCUCACAGAGCCACUCACCUCGUCCCCCAUGGUCCUCCAAAGAAGUUCCCAUGUUCCUCACAGAGCUACUCACCUCCUCCCCCCUUUUCCACUAAAGAAGUUCCCAUGUUCCUCACAGAGCCACUCACCUCCUCCCCCCUUUUCCACUAAAGAAGUUCCCAUUUUCCUCACAGAGCCACUCACCUCCUCUCCCCCCCGGGGAUCAGGAGGUUUCUUCUUCCCUUUAGAGCAGUGUUUUUUCAACCUUCCUAAUGCCGCGACCCUUUAUACAGUUCCUUAUGUUGUGGCGACCCCCACCACAAAAUUAUAUUCGUUGCUACUUCAUAACUGUAGAGUAGAUGUAUUUUCCUAUUGUCUUAGGCGACCCACAUGUUGACAACCGCUGCUUUAGAGCCACAGAUCUCCCCUUGUCUCUCACAUAGCCACACAUGUCCCUCGAAGAAGCCCCUCCCUCCCACAGCCACACACAUUCAUAUAGUACCCCCACAAAGACAUCUAUUUAUUUCGCAGCUUCUAACUUCAAGUUCAAGGCGUAUCUUGAGAUAACAUUGAGUCCACGAGCCUAUCUUUACUGUCUAUGGAUAACCAAGAGACAGCUUGGACCAAUGACUCCACAUGGCAUGAGUCACUCGGAUUGUGAGGAGUUGGGAAAAGGGAGAGGGGAAUGUGGUGACCGUAUGUUGGAUACUGAUGUACUCCCUAUCAUGGGCACCCUCAGGGGGGGCAAGGGGGGCACUUGCCCCCCCCCCCCCGCUUGCUUGGCUAAUUUUUUUUAGACCAAAUACACAAAAAAUGUAUUAAAGUAAAGAGAAAAACCCCCAGAAAGUUUUCUGCCUACGCCCAUGCUCCAUAUUAUCACCAGAGGUCAAAUGUGAUGACUCAUUUGUCCUCAUGUCAUUUAUCGGAUAAUCCCUAUCUGGUCUAUGCCUGAUCCCUCAGUUACCACCCUCAUAACAACGUGGAGCUACCUUGGUUUGUCUCAUUUGUAAACAGCGUUUAACUGGUUACUAUUGGACUACACCGUAUUAUUGUUGCUUCUUACAACUGUUGUCACCAUUACACUACUCCAAACUGAAGCUACCAUUAAAUUACUCGUGUAGCUACCUUUCAACUGCUCUAGAUGGAGCUACCGUUAAACUGUACCGACGUUCGUUAGCGCCCCCCCCCCCUUUUUUUUUCUUCUCUGCUCUUACCCUAUAGAGAAGGAAAGAAAGAUACUCCUCCUGUCUCACUCUAUGUAUCUGCCCCAUUCCUACUCACGCCUGCACCUCAUAUUUACACUAGGAAUGUUGACAAUGUAAACAACUAAGAUAUAUCUUAUAAUCAUCAAGUUUAGUCAAUAUUACUUGCAAACAUCGGACAAGAUACACACGCACUGACGUUUAUAAAUUAUCGAGCUACAGAGAACGAUUUAGCUUUUUUAAAAUAAAAUUUUAGGACUGUGUUCAGAUAAGAUGUUCAUCUUCAUUGUAAGAUAUUCAGCUUCAUUGUAAGAUAUUCAGUUUUAUUGUAUAAGAUAUUUAGCUUCAUUGUAAGAUAUUCAGUUUUAUUGUAUAAGAUAUUCAGCUUCAUUGUAUAAGAUAUUCAGCUUCAUUGCAUAAGAUAUUCAGCUUCAUUGUAUAAGAUAUUUAGCUUCAUUGUAAGAUAUUCAGCUUCAUUGUAUAAGAUAUUCAGCUUCAUUGUAUAAGAUAUUCAGCUUCAUUGUAUAAUAUAUUCAGCUUCAUUGUAUAAUAUAUUCAGCUUCAUUGUAUAAUAUAUUCAGCUUCAUUGUAUAAGAUAUUCAGCUUCAUUGUAUAAGAUAUUCAGCUUCAUUGUUUAAGAUAUUCAGCUUCGGUGUAUAAGAUAUUCAGCUUGGUUGUAUAAGAUAUUCAGCUUGGUUGUAUAAGAUAUUCAGCUUGGUUGUAUAAGAUAUUCAGCUUGGUUGUAUAAGAUAUUCAGCUUGGUUGUAUAAGAUAUUCAGCUUGGUUGUAUAAGAUAUUCAGCUUCGUUGUAUAAGAUAUUCAGCUUCGUUGUAUAAGAUAUUCAGCUUGGUUGUAUAAGAUAUUCAGCUUCGUUGUAUAAGAUAUUCAGCUUCGGUGUAUAAGAUAUUCAGCUUGGUUGUAUAAGAUAUUCAGCUUGGUUGUAUAAGAUAUUCAGCUUGGUUGUAUAAGAUAUUCAGCUUGGUUGUAUAAGAUAUUCAGCUUGGUUGUAUAAGAUAUUCAGCUUGGUUGUAUAAGAUAUUCAGCUUGGUUGUAUAAGAUAUUCAGCUUGGUUGUAUAAGAUAUUCAGCUUGGUUGUAUAAGAUAUUCAGCUUGGUUGUAUAAGAUAUUCAGCUUGGUUGUAUAAGAUAUUCAGCUUGGUUGUAUAAGAUAUUCAGCUUGGUUGUAUAAGAUAUUCAGCUUGGUUGUAUAAGAUAUUCAGCUUGGUUGUAUAAGAUAUUCAGCUUGGUUGUAUAAGAUAUUCAGCUUGGUUGUAUAAGAUAUUCAGCUUCGUUGUAUAAGAUAUUCAGCUUCGUUGUAUAAGAUAUUCAGCUUGGUUGUAUAAGAUAUUCAGCUUGGUUGUAUAAGAUAUUCAGCUUCGGUGUAUAAGAUAUUCAGCUUGGUUGUAUAAGAUAUUCAGCUUGGUUGUAUAAGAUAUUCAGCUUCGGUGUAUAAGAUAUUCAGCUUGGUUGUAUAAGAUAUUCAGCUUGGUUGUAUAAGAUAUUCAGCUUGGUUGUAUAAGAUAUUCAGCUUGGUUGUAUAAGAUAUUCAGCUUCAUUGUAUAAGAUAUUCAGCUUGGUUGUAUAAGAUAUUCAGCUUCGGUGUAUAAGAUAUUAGGCUUCCGUGUGUCCAUGAAAUACCUUUACUCUAAAACACGGGUACCAAUGGUACAAAGCGUUGGCACAUAGUGGUGCAUGAUUACCUAUUACCAGUGGGGAUUAAGCUGUAGAACAUUAAAUUAUUUUAUCAUAGCUUACCUCUUUUGACGCCUUGCCCCCUCCAUGAUUACACAUGAUGAGUGGGGGAUUACACAGGGUAACACAAAGACACAUGCGUCAUGUAACACAUUACCUGUGUUGCAAGCGUACAAUUAAAACUGACCUAAUGUAACUAUCUGCGUGUGCACUAUUUACGGCCCCGGGUUCUAAGGUAUCGUCUGCCAGUCAAAUAGGAUCUUACUAUCUUAACUCUCUUUGACCAACAGGCAUGCUAAUAAGCCAUUCAAAUAUAAUCUUAGUAUGUUAACUCUGUUUGACCAACAGGCAUGCUAGUUAGCGGCCUGCACACGUUGACUGCCCGCCACGCUCCCCUUCCCUCACCCUCGUAGUAGAGCUUUGUUGUUCUUCCAGCUACCCGACACCGCUAAUCUGCCCCCACCACAUUGGUUGGCAUUCUAUUCUCCGGACACUGAACAAACACUCGUUUCUUUUGCGCAUUGCCGCUUUCUCUUACUUCAAUCACUGAACCAAGUUUUUGUCGCAGUGUGCCUCCAGUUGGACUCAUAAUGAGGACCUCAGUGGUCCGCACGCCCUCAAGCGUGGGUCCGCCAUCUGUCAGUCACGGGUGCAAUAGUCCUAAGUGGAAGUUAAAGAUUUAAAUUGAGCCGGCUGCAAAGUCGAUACAUUCAGCACUGUCCUUAUGAACAUUGUGAGAAGCUCUGAUGUAGGCCAACCCCCUAAGUCGUAACUUAUUGGUCUGUAUUUGGAAUUUACCCUUGUUAAUAAAUGUGUUGAUUUGUUUUAUUUUGUGUGCCAACACUUUAUCAAAUGCGGUUGUAGACUUGACCUCCGCCACACAAAACAACAACACAAACCAACACUUUUCUUCUUCCGCCCACAACAUUUUUCCUCGAUUGAUUGAUGGAUUUGAUAUUUAUAUCGCGCCGGUAUCCGUGCCACUCUAGCAUGCCAUGUUCACUGCGCUCUGGUCCUCAGAAAUCUAUUGAAACAAAAAAACUUUUAAUUGUUUCUUAAAUGAUUUUUUAUCAUUUACAAUUCCCUACAAAGAUUGAAGCAAACUGUUCCAUAAUUUUGGCACUAUCGCUUCAUAGGAGCUCACUCCGUACGACUUUUUUCUGUGUUUAUCCACACUAGGAACACUCAACAAGACCGCAGGCUCUUCACAGAUACAUGUUUAUAAAUCAGUUUCCUGAGAUAUUCCCGUGCUGAGCCAUCUCUGCAGCUGUACGCCAGGGACAGAAUUUUGUAGUUAAUUCGCUCACUCACAUGAACCCAAUGGAGAUCUCGUAGAAGUGGGGUGAUGUGGUCAGAUUUUUUCAUCCAUGAUACAAUGCGUGCUGCAGUAUUUUGUAUCUUUUGGAGUCUCUGAAUUUGGUUCUGAGGUAAACCCCACAAACAGUUAUUACAAUAAUCUAAUCUUGACUUGAUUAGAGUUACCUCUACAGCAUUGGCUGUUCUCCUAUUGAGUUGAGGACGCAGCUGACCCAGUGCACGCAGAUGACAAAAAACAUGCCUUGACAACAGAACUGAUAUGGGGAAUCAUACUAAGUUUACUGUCAAUGUAAAAGCCAAGGUCUCUGACAGUCGAGGACAACAGGAUCUCAGAUUCCCCAACUUUUAUUGAUGCAAUGGUAACUUUAAGAAGAUUGGCGUCUGAACCACAAAUAAUUGCCUCAGUCUUAACAUCAUUUAAUUUUAAUCUGUUUGAUGACAUCCAAUCCUUCACUCAUAAUACCACCCACAUCACUUGUCCUCUUCGCACAUCACUUAACGCUUUCCCCUCGCAACUACUUCCCCCUCGAAACUAGUUCAUUCAUCUUAUAUUUAAACUGUUAAAUGCAGAGGGAUUAAAGCUAAGAGUACAAGAAAAAUCAUAGACUUACCAGUUGCUAUCAUCAACUUGAUCAAGCCGUGGUGAAAAAAUGUUAUGUUCUUUCUUAGUUGGUCUUUUUCUGUCAGUGCCUUCAGUGUAAUCUGUAAAAUGUUUUACGGUAGAUAAUUAGUCAUAAUUCACUGAGUGCUUGGCUGAGAAAGGGGUAGUCUUAUGAUAGUGUUACAAAGAUAUCAACAUAAGUAAUGGGAUUGAAAUACUUCGCUACAUAAAUAGACUUGAAUGACAUUUUUAACCCUCUCGGGAUGGAUGGAUCGGCCCAAGGUGGAGUAGUGGAAAAGAGGGAUGUCCGAUCUAUCGGCCUGAUAAUUCAAACCUCGAGAGUGGCUGGCUAGUCUUCAUACCAGGGAAUCAGAUUGCUUCUAGCAUAUCCCUGCACAUCCCGGCAUUGUAUUGGCGGCCUGUGUUCAUAGAUAACAAGCUUUUGUUGUAUUCAGAAUUUUUGUUGUGUAUGGCAAGUAAUACAGUAAAAUUCCAAAAUGUCUGACAGUGAUACUGAUCAAACUAUCCUUAGUGAUUUUGAUAUUCUAGCAGUGAAUCUGACACUGAAGUUGAUGAAAACAACCAGGAAAUUAAUGAAGACUAUCAAAAUGAGGGUAAUGCUAAUGUCGUUAACCCUUGGUUUAGUAUAAGGAACACUCAACUGGAUAGAGAUGACCACUCUGAAUUUUUAGACAACAUGGGUCCUAUAAAUAAGGAAUAAGCACCCCAUUUGAGUACUUUAUGCUAUUUUUACAAUAAAUAUCAUUCAAAUGUUUAUGACACAGACUAAAAAGUAUGCAUACAACUUUCUCAGGAAAGUCCAGCUUAAGAGUGGAGCUCUAGGUCAUACAUGGGGGCCGGUUACAUUGAGUGUCUUUAGCAACUGACAGAAUAGUCGGGGGGGGGGGGAAGGAGUAAAACCUUUGUGCCUGAGGUUUCUGAUGAGCCUCCAUGUGCCAGAGGUGUUUGAAGGGCCUCCAUGUGCCAGAGGUGUUUGAAGGGCCUCCAUGUGCCAGAGGUGUCUGAAGGACCUCAGUAUGCCAGAGGUUUCUGAAGGGUCUCCAUGUGCGAGAGGUGUCUGAAGGGCCUCCAUGUGCCAGAGGUGUUUGAAGGGAUUCCAUGUGCCAGAGGUGUCUGAAGGGUCUCCAUGUGCCAGAGGUGUUUGCAGGGUCUCCAUGUGCCAGAGGUGUCUGAAGGGUCUCCAUGUGCCAGAGGUGUUUGAAGGGUCUCCAUGUGCCAGAGGUGUUUGUAGGGCCUCCUUGUGCCAGAGGUGUCUGAAGGGUCUCCAUGUGCCAGAGGUGUUUGUAGGGUCUCCAUGUGCCAGAGGUGUCUGAAGGGUCUCCAUGUGCCAGAGGUGUUUGCAGGGUCUCCAUGUGCCAGAGGUGUCUGAAGGGUCUCCAUGUGCCAGAGGUGUUUGUAGGGUCUCAAUGUGCCAGAGGUGUCUGAAGGGUCUCCAUGUGCCAGAGGUGUUUGCAGGGUCUCCAUGUGCUAGAGGUGUCUGAAGGGUCUCCAUGUGCCAGAGGUGUUUGCAGGGUCUCCAUGUGCUAAAGGUGUCAGAAGGGUCUCCAUGUGCCAGAGGUGUUUGCAGGGUCUCCAUGUGCUAGAGGUGUCUGAAGGGUCUCCAUGUGCCAGAGGUGUCUGAAGGGUCUCCAUGUGCCAGAGGUGUUUGCAGGGUCUCCAUGUGCCAGAGGUGUCUGAAGGGUCUCCAUGUGCCAGAGGUGUUUUUAGGACCUCAUUGUGCCAGAGGUGUUUUUAGGACCUCAUUGUGCCAGAGGUUUCUGAAGGGUCUCCAUGUGCGAGAGAUGUCUGAAGGGCCUCCAUGUGCCAGAGGGGUCUGAAGGACCUUAGUGUGCCAGAGGUGUCUGAAGGGCCUCCAUGUGCCAGAGGUGUCUGUAGGGUCUCCAUGUGCCAGAGGUGUCUGAAGAGUCGCAGUGUGCUAGAGGUGUCUGUAGGGUCUCCAUGUGCCAGAGGUGUUUGAAGAGCCUCCAUGUGCCAGAGGUGUUUGAAGGGUCUCCAUGUGCCAGAGGUGUUUGAAGGGCCUCCAUGUGACAGAGGUGUUUGAAGGGUCUCUAUGUGCCAGAGGUGUUUGAAGGGUCUCCAUUCUCCAUGUGCCAGAGGUGUUUGAAGGGUCUCCAUGUGCCAGAGGGGUUUGAAGGGUCUCCAUGUGCCAGAGGGGUUUGAAGGGUCUCCAUGUGCCAGAGGUGUUUGAAGGGUCUCCAUGUGCCAGAGGUGUUUGAAGGGCCUCUAUGGGCCUUGUUUCCCAAAAACACAAGAGUUAUGACUUAUUUAGGUUUUAUCCAUAAAAAAAUUCACACAAUUGGUACAAGUAAGUCAUGUUUGUUCUAGGUUUAACAAAAAAUCACACACAUAAAUUAUGCAAAUCAGGAUAGCUAAUUUGCAUGAAUGUUGUUAUUCAAUUUGAUUCAUAAUGAUUGUAUUAGUUCAUUCAAUUUCCUACAAGAAUAUAUCUAGUUUGAUAUAUAUGAAGGAAGUAGGAUUUUUUGGAUCAAUUUUUUUUGCAAUGGGAGUGCCGAGCUCGUAAAAAGUGCUUCAUCUUUUUGGCACAGACGCCCUGAAAAGACUCUGUCCCAAAAGGGUUAAAUUUCCCCCAGAAACCCACACUAUGUUCUAAUGGUUUGAAAAUUAUUUCGUUUGGUGUACAAGCAUACUUUGAGUCAAGAAAUCGUUAUCCAUAAUCAAUAUUUGUAUCAUGUGACCUUGACCCACUUUUUCAUUUUGUUCCACUGGUGACCCACCGGGAAUUUAAGGCAUACAAUUCACCCUUUCAUUUACAUCAAGAAAUUACAAAAUAUGUGGGUAAAAUUUAAUUUUCAUCAAAUAAUAUAUGAAGACCACAAGGGAAAAAACGGCAGAAUCACGUUUUUGUUGUUUUGAGAUAUUCGAUUUUUAAAGUUCAAAACCAUGCACAUUAAAAAUGUGUAAACAAAAUGUAAUUUUUAAAAUGCAUUUCACAAGAGUGUCCAUUUCCCUGAGUUAUUAAGUAGAUAAAGUAAUUCAAACUUGAAUGUAACAUGAUUUAUUUCAUUAUAGUAGAGAGUGGGGUCAAAAUGGACUCUGCCGUUUUUUCCCUUGUAGUAAUUUAUCAAGGUUUGAUCAUUGAUAAAUAUCUAUUUAAAACUAUUUUAUAAGUAAAUUUUCACAUUUAGGGGUCACUGGCAAAAUACAUCACGCUUAGAGGGGGUGGUUGAGAAUAUGCGACACUUUGUGACAGGGGGAAAGGGAGGUGGGGGGGGGGUAAAAAAUUGUGACGUCACUUUUUUUCAUCUCUAAAAGUUUCUUCUUUAAAAAAAUCAUAUUUUAAUUAAUUUCUAAAACAUUAAUUCGAGGUCAACUUUGCCUCAUGUAUUAUAGUAUGGUACCAUGAAACUCGGUUUUCUAGUAAUACUACAUCUUAUUAUUAUGGCAGUGGUUCUCAACCUUCCUAAUGCCGCGACCCUUGAAUGCAGUUCCUCAUGUUGUGGCGACCCUCAACCAUAAAAUUGUUUUCGUUAGUACUUCAUAACUGUAGAGGAUAUGCAUUGGCUGAUUGUCUUAUGUGACACCUUUAAAAGAGUCAUUCAACCCAUAAAGGGGUGCCACCCACAGGUUUAGAACUGAUGCAUUAUGGGAAAAUUUUGAAGAAUAAAAUAAUAUCUUUGUUUAGUUAUGAAAAUGUUAUGUAUGUUUUGAAUGUUUUUAGGUGAUGUGACAGGGGGGGGGGGAGAAUUUGUGACAUUUUGUGACAAGGGGAGGGGGUGUCUAAAAAGGUCAUUUUUAACGUGAUGUAAUUUACGAAUGACCCCUGCCUUAGGCAAAUUAUUUUUGUUUACACUAUAAAUAUAAGAAUAUGGAUCAUGCCUAUAACUAUCAUUAAAAAACUAAAUUAUUUAGAAUUUAACCUGAAAAUCAGAUUUAAAAUCAUACUUUCUGAGUUUCUGAUGUGCUUCUUACAAUUUUGGCCCAAUAUUUUUUUUUUCUCUAGCAGUAGCUGUAACUGUAUGAACUUAGUUUAAGAGUAAAGUCAGUAAAGAGACCGAGAUAGCAAGACAGACACUCGAAGAUAAAGAGUUCAGGGGGAGUCAGACACAAAGUUAGAGCUAUAGGGAGAGAGAUAAUCACACUAACUGAGAUAGACUGACAGGGAGAGACACAGACAUGCAACAAACAGUGAUAGACUAGACUUGACUACACUUAUAGCGACAGCGAAAGAGACGAGUCGGAUACACACAUAAAUUAACUGAACAUAACAAAACAAGGGUAAAAUAAGAUUUAAAAAUACAAAUUUUAUUUUUUAAAAUGUUUUAUGUCCAAUUUAUCGUGCUUAUGUUAAUUUGUUUUGUUUUCAUGUGGUAGGAAAUUUAAAAAAAUUCAGGUUUGUCAGUUAACUUUUUCGUCGGUUUGUCGGUCAGCUGAGCGAAUCGGUCGCCAUCUUUAAAUUUUGUUUACAGUAUAGCUAUCUCUCAUUGGACCUUUAAAUCACGUGACUUCAAAUGUCACGUGAUAUUAGUGACUUAGCCCCCUUUUACAUUGUAAACAUUGGACUCUGCUUCUUUUUCCAUUGUAAACGGAUUUUUCGUUUCCAUUUUUCUUAUGGACUUAGCCAUUUUUUCUCCUUUAAACUUAAUUCAGCACCUUCUAUUUUUAACUGGCUAUAAGUCAGGGGUGAUAACUCAAAAAAAUUAAAAAUGGACUCUGCCGUUUUUUUCCCUUGAGGUCUUCAUAUGACAUAUUGAUAUGAAAUGACCUCAAGGAGUUUCUCUGCUCAGUGACACAUAGAUAAACUUUACAUUUUUCACAUACGAUAUUUGUUUUUAGUCUGCACAAUUUGCAUCGUUGACGCUGAUCACUUUUGAUGGGGAAGUGAUAUGUGUUCGAACUUCUGGCUCUGGCAUCAAUUGUUGUGGAAACCUCUCUUCUGUGGACAUUCUGUAGUGCAUUUAAGUGAUAACGUGUGUCAGUUUCACAAUAAUAUCUGGUGCCGGCAUUUUUGCUAGACCCAUUCUAAGAAACAUACCCAUAAUCUGUUUCAUUUCUGUUUGGUGGUGACAAUUGAUUUUUCCAGACUUUCAAACACUAUGCUGGUUAGUCAUUGUAAGACUAACAUAUCAUCCGUUAGAGAGACUUUGAGAAAUAGAAAAGGGGAUGGAAAUUGAUAAUCAUCCAAAAGUUCCAGUUGUCUACCUCUAAAUAUAGAAUCUGGUAGAUUAAAUGUUCUUUUGUCCAUACAAAUGACAACUUCUGCUUUGCUCUGGCAGAGUUAGAGGAUGUAGAGGGUUCUGGCUCAUCAUCAUCAGAUUCCAAAUUACUGGUACAUGUGAUUUUGAUGUAAUAUUUGAGUAUUAUUUGGAUUGUAAUCUUUAUCUUCAUCAUCUGUUGCAUUAUCAUCUCUAAAUCACUCUCAUCUGGAUUGAUGGCAUCCAAAAUGGCAUAUGCCUCAUGUGUCUUGUAGUAUCUUUUUGAUGGAAAUGCCAUUCUGUCAAACACAAAAAUAAUAAGUUAUUAAUUAUACCCUAAUUAGUUUUUGACCUACAUAUAGCAUAGGCCUCUAUGGCAAUAAAACAAAGGGAAUUUUAUAACAUAGUAUUUCUAUACUAUGUUACUAUAAUCAAUUAAUUAAAGAUAAUAUUUUCAGUUCAAAUACACAAUUAAUAACCAUUAAGAAAGGUAAUAAAUAUUUAAAUGACAUUACAAUAUUAUUUUUAAUGCACUAAAAAUAAUUAGAGCUACAUCUAGUUUUAGCUACAAAAUGAGUGGUCUCUAGAUGGUCUAGUCCUAGUUCCUAGUGACUUCUUUAUUUGACCAAGAAAACCCAUUGGGUCGCUGGAGAUUCAACGAUUUUAUAAAGUCACAAUCUAAAAAUUAGCACCAAUUUAAUAAUUCUUUGCACUGUCAUUUGUGUAAAAACAUUUUUCAAAUACACACAAAACAAUACAUUAAUUUAUAACUUACCUCAUAAGGCCGAAUUGAUUCUUGAAGUAUGUAUAGUCCACUGUCAGUACAAUGUAUCAUGGGGGUAGCCAUAUUUAAAAAGGAAUUCACUUACAAAAAAUAAAUUUAAGACAAAAUGGUUAACUCCCUUUUGUUCCACAGUAGGAACACUGGGUAUUAGAGACACAAAAAAAUUGAUUUUUUUUAAUUAGGGUGGGUCACGAGUGCUCACACAUAUAUGUACUACCCAACAUGCUCAAGGUUCGAGCCACAUGUAGACUAAGCUGGGGCAUCUCUUCAGGAAUGAAACGAGUGAACUGUGCUGGCCCAACUGUGUCUUACCUUGCCUUGAGUGUCCCAUUACACUGCAGCUCUAUUAGCUCUAUCUGCAAAUUUACAGGUGCAGUUUCCACGUCUUUGUCAAAUGGGUUACAAAGCAGCUCGAAAUUACUUUUCUGUGCUUCAAAGUCACUAAAAGUCGCUGUGCGAACUCGGCACUAAGUAAGCUAAGUUUUUCAGCAAAGUGUGCAUUAGGAAACAACAUAGCAUUGACUUGGUUCAACAUUGCUUGGCAACAAGAAAAGUGAGACAAGUUGCAUUGAUGCAUUUGUAUCUACUAUAAGCGCAGUUUCACUUGAAAUGCCUUCACUGCAUCAUGCAUAUCAGUGAUCAAGUGAUUCCGACUUUGGGGCUGCAGGUUCAAGUAGUUGAAAUGAGUGGUUUUGUGUCAGACAGAAAUGCCAACUCACAUUUCCACUUUUUAUCCCGAAAAACUGUGGAAUCUUUUCCUUUGCUGUCCAUUAAUUGACAGAUUUCCUCGAUCAGCUGGAAAAAUAUACUAAAACUUUUCCCCGACUUAGCCACCGCACCUCUGUAUGAUAAGGCAUGUCGCCGAACGUUGAGUCUUUUUCCUUCAAAAAAUGCUGAAAUUUGCUGUGAUUUAAAACUUUGGCUCUGAUAAAGUUGCCGGUUUGUGUUACAGUGCUCAUUACACCAUCCAUGUUGAGGACUUGAGCACACAGGACCCUUGGUGUAUGAUGCUGUAACAUGCUAUCAGUUCACCAGUACAGUUCUCCUGCAUCUUUAACCAUAUCUUUCCAACUAGUCCACUUUUUACGCCACAAAUCGCCUGUGCUCCAUCUGUUGUAAGUCCAAGUUUGUCCCAAGGCAGGUUCAUGUUGGUUAAACUUUGACAUGCGUUGUCUGAAAUGUCUUUUCCUGUUGUUAUCCCCUGCAUGGAUUUCAUGUCCAAUAUUUGUUCUAUAACAUUCAAAAUGGAGUCCACUCCACGGAUGAAGAGCUGUGCAGUGUCAGUCGUGUCAUUACUUUCAUCGACAGCAAGUGAGAAUGCAACAAAGUCUUUUCCUUUUCCAUCAGCUGUGUUUUCACAGCAGUGGCCAUCUCACAAAUCAGAUCAGCAGCCAUAUUUCUGCUAAGGCUUACAUUUGCACACUUUCAUCAUGCAGCUCUUCAGAAACUCUUAUUCUGUAAAUGGUCUGCCAGAUUUUGCGAGCUCCUCCACCACAAUAAAACUUGCUUUCACAUCAGGUUCAAUUUGUGAUUUUACUUUGUUGAAAAACAUCUGCAGUGAUGUUAGAUUCCUCUUAAAUUGGCCAUUUUAAUGCUAGCUUUGAUUUUAAAAAAUGAUUGUGCAUCUACGGACAGACGCUUGAUUAAUAUCCUGUUUGCCGUAGCGGGAAAAGGUGAUGUUAUAUCCGGGCACUACAUUUAUUUCAUUUCCUUUGUGCCAUCCAAUUUGAGCAACAGAACAUUGCUAGGUUUCUGUUACAUCCACUCACUACACAACUGUUAAUUUUUCUUAUUCUGUUUUAAGCGAGAACGCUCUCAGGUAGCCCAUCAUUUGGCAAGGCUGCUAAUUAUGGUAUUUGAUUUGCAAUUUAUGUUGCAGGGCCAUUACAAAAAUAUUUUUGCCUAAAUUUCGCUCUCGGACCGGAUAUAAUUGUACUCCGGUCAAGACCUCUUGGGCCUGAUAUAACUGUACGCUGGUCAAGACCUCUCGGGCCUGAUAUAACUGUACACUGGUCAAGACUUCUCAGGCCUUAUUUAACUGUACGCCUGUCAAGACCUCUCGGACCUGAUAUAACUAUGUCGGUCAAGACCUCUCUGGCCUGAUAUAACUAAUCGAGUCAAGACCUCUUGGGCCUGAUAUAACUGUACGCCGGUCAAGACCUCUUGGGCCUGAUAACUGUAUGCCGGUCAAGACCUCUCGGGCCUGAUAUAAUUGUACGCCGGGUCUGAUAUGGCCCGCGGGUCUUGAGUUUAACACUUAUUAUCUAGGCCAUUUCCCGAGUUUGAUGGAGCAUACUAAACUUGGCAAAACAAGCUCAAUGAAUCUUCAUGGUUAUGAAACAUGUACAUCAUCUGUGUCUGUGAUGCCCGCAGCCAUUUUCAAUGCUGUAACCAAAAAUACCCAUAGAUUGCGAAGUUCUUGCAUAUCUGCAGUCAAUAUCAGUAACAACUUUGUCAUUUUCUACCUGUACCCUAGACAGUAGUAACUCAAUUCUCAAGCCAUUUUGCAAGAUUGUUGGAAAAAGUGUGUCCCCGUUAGCUUUAGGUAGGGCUUGGAUUUAAAACAACAUCGCUGAUCUUUGUAGAUCAAAGCUGUUAAAAAUGUUAAAAAAUUGUCUGCAUUGCAUUUUUAUUUAAACAGACUCAUUAUAGUCAAUGACAUUUGGGAGUGGUGUGCAAUCUUUUUAUGUCAUCCCCCUUAUAUGGUAUCAUGGUUUGGAGCCCUUUAAAUUUACUAGGGUAAUAAGGGGAGAAACUGCAAUCAGGUUAGCAAAAUAGGAAAUGAGGAAAAUAAAGUAAAGUCAAACCUGAAAUAGGGAACGCAACAAAGCAAUGCAACAGCACAAUGCACAGGUUUGACUAUACUUUUUUUUACUCAUUUACUAGGUUUAUUUAGCGUGCCAGCUAAAUGAGCCAAACUAGCAAGGGGGAAAGAAAGCUUAUUAUUGAACAUUUCUUUGCACCCUAAUAUGGCCUUUCACAUUUAGAGUAGCAUCCAUUGUAAAAAGGUGUCUGUGGUGACCCUGUCAAGGUGUGUGGUGGCAGCAUCACACUUGUGAUGUAUGUGUCACUCAUGUAUGGUGUCUGUGUCCCACAAGUAGAGUCUGUAUCAAGGUGUGGCGUUUGUGCCACAUGGUUUGUGUCUGGUACAUGUGUGGUGUCUGUGGUGUGGUUUGUGUUUUACAUGUGUGGUGUCUGUGUCGAGGUGUGGCAACGACUGUGUCACAUGACUGAAUUGUGGCCUGUAUACACCAUAUCUACGUAUAUUAUUGGUGAUGUCAUGAUUUUCAUAGAUUCUAUUGAACACUUACCUUUAUCCUGCUGUUACCAUUAUACAUGUGUAUCAAUAGAAAAGGUCUGUUUAUUCAUAAAAGUAGCAGAAAACCUUGAAAAAGCUUAUAAUAAUUGACUAGUGUGUUGUGAGAGGAGGUAUGUAAUAGUGGUUGUUGUUUUUGUAAGAGAUUCUAGUUACUUAUAAAGAAGGCCAUUGUUUACUAUGGGUUUGUUCUUCCAUUAAACAAAUAUUCACUGAAAAAUGUCAGUUUACUAAGAUAAAAUUCUUAGGUAGAAGAGGUUCUCAUUUGAAAGAAACAUGGGUUAGCCUUUCUCACUUCACUAAAUGCAAUGUUUGUACUGGUUAGUCACGGCAGCUAAUGCUCUACUGUAUUUAUCAAUGUUUAUAUGACCAGGGGUGUGUGUAUUCGGAUCCUUCAGCCAUUGGGGCAUAUAAGUAUUGUAUGAAUGAGCCAAUCUGAUUUUUUUAAGCUUUAGGGAAAAUGUGUCAGUUUGCCAUUUUAAAAUCAAUGACAGUAUCUCAGGCUAAUGUCCUUGUCCUGGUCCUGUUUGCACAAGGUGGUAACAGCUUGUAUAAACCAGGACACUGUAGAAUGGAGCCCAAGGGAAGGAUCAUUGUGAAGUUAAUUUUUUCGUUUUAAGGCUAUAAAAAAAUCUUUGGACCACUUUCUAAAAUGCAAGGCCUCAUAUGUCUGUGAGGUCAGCAAAAUGAUUGAUUGGAUAAAAGAGGUUGACUGAGAAAUUGUGUCAUAUCUCUGUCACCCUGAGGUGACAGGAUGGUAUAGGCCUGAGGUAAAAAUCUAACAAAUUCCAAACAGAUUCAAUAAAAAUGAUAUUUCUAAAAAUGUGCACAUCUGUAUUUUCAUGAUAGAUCUGUGUUGUUGUUUUAUGGCUCUGAUUCAUUAAGAUUCAGUUUCUAUUUUUAUUUCUUGACAGUUCUGAUACUGAUCAUACUGCUUUACAGAUUGAUUGAUGGGAAAUGUCACAUAUUUCACAAAUGCCUAAAAAAGUGUCUUUUGUAGCAUAGGUAGAUAAACAAUAUCAUAUUUUCAAAAUAAUAUACAUCAGCCCUUUGUAUGUCAUGUUUUAUCGGAAGUCCUUAAAAUUUUACAGUACAAUUUUCAAAUGAUGAUUUGUAACUAAAAACCACACAGACACAUAGAGCCCUCCUAAAAAAAAAAAAAAAACUUUUUUGAGGAUUAUUCUGGCAUGUGCUGUUGCCCUUUCCACAUCUUAAAAAUGAAAAUGAUCUCUGUGCUUUUCACAUGAACUGUCUCAAGUGUAUCAGCUUAAUACCAUACAUUUCUUCAGCAACCACUAUAUGUCUAAGACAGCGGUUCUCAACCUGUUGGUCACAACCCCUUUGGGGAUCGAACAACCCUUUUCCAGGGGUGGCCUAAGAACAUCGGAAAACACAUAUACUCUAUGAAGUUAUGAAGUAGCAACGAAAAUAAUUUUGUGGUUGGAAACUGUAUUAAAGGGUUGCGGCAUUAGGAAGGUUGAGAACCACUGGACUAGGAAAACCUAAUUUCAAUAAAAAGCUUAAUUUUGUGAGACAUUUUACUUGAUCAAAAUAUGGUCUUUCCCUAAGAAAUUGCAGUUUGAAAAUAUUUUUGUUAUAAUACGCUCAUUUGUUGAAAUGAACAAUAAUAUUGUGUUUGUUAGAAUACACUGAUUAGUUGAAAUUUAACAUCAGAUGAAAUGUUUAAGACUUCCUUGAAAAACUCAACCUUUAUAUUUCUUGUAACCUGAUGGAUUUUUACAAAUAUUGUUGAAUUGUCUUAGAUGUCGCAACUCGAUUGAGUUCUCUGUCAAUGCUGCCUGGCUGUUGAAUGCCUACUCUGCCGACACACUGAAACCCAACUGGAAAAAUUCCCAGGGGAUCAAGCUGAGGGACAUGAUCCUGAGUGAGGAACUGAGGUAAUUUGUCUCCUGUGAAUACUUUUUUAAAAUUAUUAUUUUUAAAAAAAUGAAAAUGGAAUUAAUCUAACAACUUAGUGCCAUAGAUUUUCACUUUGCCUUUGAGCUGUAAAUGUCAAUUUCAGUGCUGUAAAUGUUCAGCAUUGUCUCAAUCUGUGCUAUCUUGUGUAACUGUCACCUUGUUUUUUUACCACCUUCUAUUUACUUGAUUUGAGUGUGAUUAAUAGGAGGUUACUAAAAAAAACUUUUUUUUUACUUGUUUUUUGCUUAGGUCAGUUGGGCUUUUUUUUUGUAUGUAUUGUGUGUGGGUGUGUGUGUUGUUUGCUUAGGUCAGUUGGGCUUUUUUUUGUAUGUAUUGUGUGUGGGUGUGUGUGUUGUUUGCUUAGGUCAGUAUUCUAUUUAUUUGAUUUGAGUGUGAUUUAUAGUAUGUUACUUAUAUUUUCUUUUUUUUUACUUGUUUUUUGCUUAGGUCUGUUGGGCUUUUUUUUUGUAUGUAUUGUGUGUGGGUGUGUGUGUUGUUUGCUUAGGUCAGUUGGGCUUUUUUUUGUAUGUAUUGUGUGUGGGUGUGUGUGUUGUUUGCUUAGGUCAGUUGGGCUUUUUUGUUAUUUAUUGUGUGUGGGUGUGUGUGGGUAUGUGUGUUGUGUUCUUAGGUCAGUUGGGCUUUUUUUUGGUAUGUAUUGUGUGUGGGUGUGUGUGUUGUGUUCUUAGGUCAGUUGGGCUUUUUUUUUGGUAUGUAUCGUGUGUGGGUGUGUGUGCGUAUGAGUAUCUGUUUGUGUUAAGUUGUCUUCUUUUGUCAGUUAGCCUUUUUUUUGUAUGUAUGUGUGGGUGUGUGUGUAUGAGUAUCUGUUUGUGUUAAGUUGUCUUCAUGAUGUUAUUCAAGCAUGAUCCUCUGAGCUACAUAUUGUAAUGCUACAAUGCUAAAUGUAACCAUUAUAAAUAGUAUGAGCUUAACAAUGCUGUUCCAUCAGCCUUCACAGACCGUUUAAUAGAUCAGUAAUUAACAUGCCAUAAUUUGUUUGUGGAAAUCAAACAAGCUCAUACACCUAAAAUAAAAAAUAAAUGUUUGUAAAUUUAAUGCCUUUAAAAAUCAGGCCCCAGAUACAGAGUCCAACUGGCAAUCCCAGAGCUCCAACCGCUUACAGUUACUCUCAGAGGCAGCGAACACCCUCAGGGGGUGGGAAGCUUGUUUUGACCAACCCCACCAAUCUAUCUGUUCCUGUCAACUUGAUAGGUAGCAGCCAGACUUCGGUGGCCCUUGCACUUUUGUCCACAACCCCGCAACUGAGCCAGGCUGCAGCCAGCACUGUGGUUAAAAAGACACAUCAGAGGUCAAGGUCAGAAGCAACUGGUGAGUUAAAAUUACACCCUGUAUUUAAAGCCACUUGGUUAUAUGUUCUCAAGUCAUGUUUGUCUAUAACAGACAAUCAUAAAACACCCACACAGAUUCAAAUAGAUUGGAUUAAUUAUUCUCCUCACGGACCACAAAUCUAAAUUAUGUCCAGGUAUUCUGAUGAAGCACAGUGAGACCACACCGGCCCUGCAUCCCACUAGUGCCCAUCUUUUCGGUGACCUGUCAUCUGGUCGUGCAUUUGACAACGGAUGCCAGUGUUACUCUAAGUCAGAGGCCGUCUUGAAUGAUUUGAAGGGGCGGGAGACUGUGUGCCAGUGUGAUGUAAGUGUAAGGGCUUUUAGGCUUCUGUUAUUUCCUCUUAUAUGUUUGACAAGUUGUUGAAAUUUUAACACUUUGCAAUAAAUUUUUUUUUCUUUCUAUUUAAAAAUUAUUUUUUUUUAAAAAUCGAAUUAGAUCUAUAUGAAUUAUACUUAUUAUUAGUCAAUCAUGUUAGGUCAUAUGGCACAAAAACCUGGCUUUACUUUAAUGUUGUUCUUUUUAUACUGAAAUUUUGCAACAUGCCUUUGAACUUUGACCUUGUCGCUGAACUGGUCUAUAUAAUAUGUUUUCAAUUAUUUUCUUUGUGUAGGCCCCUAGAUUACUCCCAGAGGAAGAAUUCAUCAAGUCUCUCCUCAACAUUGGCAAGAAGCUCCAGUUGCUGCCAACUAAAGAGCACAGAAGUAAGACCACUUUACCCCCAAAAUUAGAGAUGCUCUCAUUUGGAUCAGGACAAUUGCUGAAAAUUUGAAGAAUUAUUUGAAAAUAAACACACCCUACUGAUUUCCAGAUAGUGCUGGCUUAAACACAUCUCUCCACACCCCCCCCCCCCCCCCCCCCCCCCCUCCNUAUUUGAAAACUAACACACCCUACUGAUUUCACGAUAGUGCUCGCUUAAACACAUCUCUCCUCCCCCCCCCCCCCCCCCCUCAAUCCCUCAUUUUUAAAACACCAUUUUGAUAAAAUAAACUAUUUGGUGCCAUUGUGACAAAAUUAACUAUUGGUGCCAUUGUGACAAAAUUAAUUAUUGGUGCCAUUGUGACAAAAUUAACUGUUUGUAGAAUGUUUAAAAAUAGGACUUAAUAAAAUAUUUAGCUUAAGUCAGGCAGAAAAGUGUAAAAUUCUGUGCUCAGCCAUGUUCUCCCCUUCAAAGUGAGCAAGAUAUUGAAAUAAGUCAAUGAAGUCAUCCUUCUCUUUUUUUAAAUUUGCUUUUUCUAAGUCAUAUUUCCAAGUUUACAAAUAUAAAAAUGUACUACAAAUGUCUAAAAUGGUUUUCAAAUCAGUCAAAAUGAUCAGAUAAGUUUUAUUGUUUUCAUUCUGUCAUUUUAACAUUUUAAAAUGACAUUUACAUAUGACAUAAAGUCAAAAAAUAUUUUAUUACCGGUAUUGGAAUGAAGAAAAAGUUGGAUAAAAUAUAAUUAUAAGACAACAUACGUUUAGAGGGUGGGCACACUAGCUCUAAAUAUAAGUCAAUAAACAUGCUUACUUAUUCUUCAUCCUAAAAAUAGCAUGGAUCAGGUUAUAAUAUGUCCUCUUUCCCAAGCUUCCCAACUGAUAGCUGAACUGGCCAUGCUCAAUUUGAACCUUCCUGCAAGGGUCUGGCUGCCUAUUUCCCACUCCCGAAAUCACCAUGUAGCCAGGAUACCACACACACAAGCUGUCGUGCUCAACUCAAAAGAAAAGGUAAGCACUGAAACUGAAAUAGGCCUUUAAAAUAACAGGAAAAUACUGAAAAAAGCUUGUGAAAAUAAUAGGAAAAUAAUGAAACAAGCGUGUGAAAAUAACAGGGAAAUAAUGAAACAUGCUUGUGAAAAUAACAGGGAAAUAAUGAAAAAAGCCUGUAAAAGUAAAAUAAUGAAACGGGAUUUUAAAAGUAACAGGGAAAUAAUGAAACAGACCUUUAAAAGUAAAAGGAAAAUAAUGAAACAGCCCUUUAAAUUUGUGCAGUCCAAUGGUUUUUUUUCUUCUUUUUUUUUUUUCUUCUUCUUUAGUUCAUCUCACGUUAUGGGAUAUCAUAAAAAGAGUAGCUAAUUAAUACCCAUCAUUUUACUCAAACAACAUAUUUUAAGAAGGAAAAAAAACUAGAAAUGCAUAGGAGCCAAAAUGAUAAAAUGGGCCCUUAAGAUAAAGAAGAAGAAGAAGAAAUAAUUCAAAAUUUAUUGUUAUUUAAUCUGCAAUAUAAUAUACAAAAAUGUAAAGAAAAGAAUUUUACUAAUACAACUUUUUUUUUUUUUUUUAAAUAUAAUGUGUGAAACUUGCAUAAACAGACCUUUUUACCUUAAUAUAAAAAAGAAAAAAAAGAAAUAAUUCAAAAUUUAUUGUUAUUUAAUCUGCAAUAUAAUAUAAAAAAAUGUAAAAAAAAGAAUUUUACUAAUACAACUUUUUUUUUUUUUUUUAAAUAUAAUGUGUGAAACUUGCAUAAACAGACCUUUUUACUCUUACGAUUUUGGUGUACAAUGUACGAUUUUGAGGUGUAUACUGUAUGUUUAUUUAUAACUAUAAAUAUAAGGUAUUGGACGAUUUUGUGAUGAUAUUGUACGAUUUUAAGAGUUAGAGGGUAAACAGGUCUGCGUAAAUAGUGUUUUUAGCUAAUGAUCUCAUUAUUCGAAUUAUUCAAAUGCAAACUUUAAAACCCAUUUUUCAAUAUUUAAAAGUUCAAAUACAAUACAAAUGCAUUUAAAUAAAUUAUAACAAAUAAUUUGAAUAAUUUUGUUUUUAAAUCGUUGAAAUUUUAAUAAACUUUAAUAAAUAGAAAAAUAAUUAGAAGAAACCUAGAGCUUACAUGAUUAAAUCAAGCCUAAACAAAUACAGACACAGACUUAGAGUCUACUAAGCUUAGAGGGGGUUCUAACAAUAAACAGUUAUUCCACUUAUACAGAAAUGUUUAUAACAUUUCAAACAUUUAAUUGCCAUUGUAGUCUGAUGUCUUUCUUUUCGAGUCAGUAACACCACAGCAUAGAAUUAGGCUCAUGUACCAUGGGCGCCCGCAGAAAACUUUCUAAGGGGGGGGACAAAAAAAUCGAUUAACUUUCCGGGGGGGAGGGGGGGGGGGCAAAAUUUUUUUAGUAAUGUUUUAAUUUAGUUUUAAUUUACUAAAAAAAUUUAUCCAAUCAAUCCAGGGGGGGCUAGUGCACCCCCCCCCCUUUGCCUCCCUCUGCGGCGCCCAUGUCAUGUACAUAAGUCAAGAAAAAAAAAUGUAGAUAUCUGUAAGUGUUAUUUUCUUCCAGUUAGUGUAGAGGUACUUUUUUUUUUUCUUCUCUCAUGUGGUUGGCAUAAGCAUUGUUUUACUUACAAAUUUUCAAAAUGAGUUUGAAGAGAUUUCAAAUGGACGAUAAAUAGUUUAUUUUUAAACUGCAGUUCAGAAUGACAUAAAAGCAGGAGUUUAUUGAUCUAACACAGAUAUAAAAAUAGUAUAACAAUUAUGAUAAUAUAAAAAAACAUGAUUGGAAAAUCAAAUUAUCAUUACAACAUUGUAAGACUUACUUACCCCUGGGUUGUUGUCAGUGUCGUUUUCAGCUCUCAAAAUGUAGUUUCAAGCUGCAAAGAGUAGUUUGGUCAAUUUGUGGCGUGUGGGAGCUGGUUUACAAUAAAAAAAAAGUUGUGUGCCCAAAUCCACUCAACUGCUUAUGUAAAUUAAAACAAAUAAAUAUACAGGUUAUAGUCUUGCUGUUUGUUUCUUAAGGAUGAGAAAAGGCAAACACAUUUGUAGUUAAGUAUGAACAACACAAUUCUCUAAAAGAUAAUAUUCUGGUUGGUUUAUUGAGUUUGAGACCAACAAAGGCCAAUCACUGUUAUUCUUAUUUGAUUUCUUACGGUGUUAACACAAAAAAUGCAGUUACUUUUUACUGAAAACACCCCCAUUAUUUAAAAAAAAUUAAAAUUAAACCAAAUAAACGGAAACAAAUCCAGAAACCAUAGUUUUUUUUAGGCUCGUCAUAGUGCCAUAGUCUUAGGCUUAAAAAUGUAGUUACUUCGGUGAAAGCGUAAGGAAUAAACAGGUCUUCAACUAGAAUCCUACUAUUUAAUUGCCUAACAUAUUUUGUUGUUCAAAUUAUUUAGAAAUGUUAAUUUUAUUGGUCUUAUUCAUGUUGAUACAUAGACUAUCAUUGUUAGAAACUGUACUUGUGUAGGUAAAAAAAACAUACAUAUCUGACUUCGAUGUUGUUUCAUACUCCUCUGUAUCCCAAUCAUCAGAAGAGUCACUUAGUGAUUCAUCUAAGUUAAAAGUUAAUUUCAGUAUUUUCUAAAUUCAUUUUGGAUUUUAUUAUUUCUAUUGAAGCAGCUAGCUCGAAUUGAGUCGUGACAAGAGAUCAAAAUGGAUGAUGUAAAUUCGUCUCGGUUGCGUUCAUUUAAAAACCUUUCUUUGUUUAAAAAAUUGAUAAUUAUAAUUAAAAAUUUAAUUUUUAUAAUUUCAACCCUUUUCAUUCUAAUAAUAAUUUUUAUUUCUUGACCAAAUAAAAAAUAAAUUUUUUAAAAAAGCUUAACCACCCCCCCACCCCCCCUAAACUGGCGAAAACACGAAUUCUCUAUAGUUGGAACAUACAGAGUUAAAAGGAGAGUACUGAAACAGCCCCUUUAAAACAAAAGUACCCAAACAGCCUGUUUUGUUCCCAUUUUUCCUUGAGUCAACAAUGUCAGUGUGCUGUCACUAAGAUCAAUACCACUGCAACAGAAAUUAUCCUUAUAACAUUAGCAAGGGAGAAAGAGUGCAUAAGUCAAACUUUAUAUUAAAUUGGUUAACAAAGAAUUUGAAAGCAUUUAAGAAAUGAAUUUUAUAUGGUCAUAAUGAGGGUUCAUUGCUAGCCCAUCAGAUAGAUUCAGUUUUCAAACAAAUGUAAAUCAUACCGGGGCCCAAAGCAGAAAUAAAUGUUCCGAAGGCCCAAAAGCAAUACCGGUACUGCAAUGUUGUUCUUAGGCUCCCUAUAUGAUCUAUGUGGAGAUCCUAAAGUGUGACAACACCACCACAAGCCAGGUGCCCCACAAGAUCCUAGAGAACACCUUACGAUUCACCCGCUCUGAGGAGGACCUGACCCAGCUGGUCCAGCAGCCCAUCAACGGAUCACCAAGGCCAGAGUUUAGUGUCUACGGCACAUGUCAUGACUUUGAUGAUGCAGACUGCUGGUCUCAGGAAGAUGAUGACAUCAUUGCUGUAUGUUGGUGUUAAAAGUUUUGUCCGUUUAAUUAGCUGUACUGAAGAAUAAAAUAACAAAAGUGAUAAUUGCAAAUAUUUAUUAAAUUAAGCUAGAAAAUAUGUAAGAAAAGGCUAAAUGUUUUGCUGAAAAUUGAUGAAGAAUUUUUUAUUAAGUUUAAAUUUGAUUCAAUUUAUGGGUUGUUGCAUUUUCACACCGUCAAAUCUCUCAGCUUGCUAAUCGGUGCCGGUCAAGUGACACCAUCUCUCAGCUGUCUACCGAAAGUUCUGCAAGUGCUGACAGCAAAGACCCUGUAUAUAUAGCAGCUGGAGACAUAAGGAGACGGCUGUCUGAAAAUUUGGCUGCUCCGAAAAAGAAAUUUGAGGUCAGUGGGGCCACUCGGCUUUAACAAAAUGAUUGCUAAAGAUGAAUAAUUAUCGUCCUAGCACUAAGUUAUUUAUUAUAAUAAAGUGUUUCUUCAAACUAUACAGACACUACUGUAUACUGAAGCACUUCAUUUUAUUAAAAAAUAUGAAUAACUGGCCUUUGAUGGAAAUGAUAUAGAUUGACUGAAGAGCUUAAAGAUUACUGCCUGCCUAUUUCAAGCAUGAGAAGAAAAUAGCAUUAGUGUAAUGUUGUUGCCAAGGCAGUCAUACCUCAUUAGUGUCAGGCUGAAACAUUUAUUUUAGACUGACAAGACAAACAUUUUUGCUGCCCCAUUAAUUUGACCUAGCUUCUGAUUUCUCCUUCUUUUGCCUGUUUGGACAACUCUUCAAUAAUCAAAAUACAUAAUUCUCUAAGCAACAAUGUCACUAAUGCUACCAGAUAGGGCUGAUUAAUAAAAUAACUGCUCUAAGUGGGGGUCUUAAAAAUACUGCAAGCGCGUUUUGUUCUAUGGAAAUAGUCUCAGUUGAUGAUGCAGACAGCUGGUCUCACGAAGAUGAUGACAUCAUUGCUGUAUGUUGGUGUUAAAAGUUUUGUCUGUUUAAUUAAAUGUACUGAAGAUAAAAAUAACAAAAGUGAUAAUUGCAAAUAUUUAUUAAAUUUAGCUAGAAAUUAGAUUGAGCCCUUUUCACAAGCCCUGCACUUAACUUGCAAAAUAAUUUAUUAAAAAUAAACUUAAUACUAUACAAAUAUAAAACUAAAUAUAUUCUUGUUAGGAAUUGAAUAAACUAACACAAUCUUUAUGAAUCAAAUUGAAAUCUCAACAUUUUUGCAAAUGAUUUAUGCAUAAUUUAUGCAUGCACAUUUUUUUUACACUUACAAUAAAAUUGUCUUACUUGCAGAAUUUUUUUAAUUUUAUGAUUGUUGAAGCCUAAAUAAGUCCUUAGCCAUAUUUGAAUAAGAUACAAUGUGAAAAACGGCAUAAAAUAUUCACCCGGGGCUGUUAUGCCGUUUGACAUAAUUUCAAGGUCACAUAUUUUAAAUCAUUUAUAGAGGUCACCAGCUACAAAAAAAAUUAAUAUAAAAUGACGGAACACCUUAAAAUAGCAAUGGAAGCCACCAUUAAAAUGUCGAGAUGAGCAAAGUUUAGUGUUCAUGCGGCCCGCACGUUUUCCCCAUUCUCAUAUCUAUAAUGUGACCCUCCACGAUGGUUUCAGUCGAAUCUCAUCAACUAUUAUUAUGUUUGUAUAGGUUUGUACGUUGAUUAAAAUGGUAAAAACUAAAAAUAGACUAAAAGUUUUUAUUUUAUAGCAUUUUAUACAUAUAUCAAAAGUUUAAAAAGUCAGUUAGUGGGUAAUGAACAAGCAUAAUUGUGUAAAUCGUAGCAAUCUGAUACAGUAUCAAAAAAUCCCUUUUAAAAAAAUUGCCGCUAGUUUGUACGGGUGACGAUUGAGGGAAAUUCCGAGCCUGUCAGCUUGAUCACUUUCAAAAUAGAAUUACUCAAAAAGGCAUUUUCUACUAUUAAAUUUCUCCUAUAAAAAAAAAAAUCAAAAUUCAUUCUCCCUAGAAUAGCAUCUUCCUUCACAUCAAUAAUUCAUAAAUAUGGCCUGCUCCUGCCUUCAGUUUGAAUGAGUUUACGUUUUAAAAUCACCAGUGGGAACCUCCAUAUUUAGAUUGUUAUUUUAUUAUUUUUCGUCUUACUAGAAGCUCGUUAUUUUCUUAGCAUUUAUUAGCUGAAUAUUUUUUACUUCAGAUCACCGGGAAUUUUAUUUUUUACUAAGGAUAUGAUGGGCUAAAUGUUUUGUUGCGGUCCAGUCCCACUCAGAUUCUACCUCCUGCUGCCCCUGGAUAAUUUGAGUUUGAGACCCCUGCUCUAGGCUUUUGUUACUGGGCCAUAACACUAUAGUAGCCCAUAGCUAGUUCUGAAUAAAUAGAGUAGCUGGCACACAGGAUAUUCUGCACAUAGAAAUGACAUGAGAUUCAAUGGUCAAGAAACAUAAAGUUUCUAAAGUAACUAUCUUUUGUUACUUACUAUAUAUAUAGUACCGGUAAUUUCAUAAUAUCAUGGUGCAUAGAUUUUCUUUGGUUAAGCUAUCAGAUUCAGCUGCAAUUACUGGUUUGCAGAAUGCAACAGAGCUGAAAUUCGGUACACUGCUUAGUCUCAAGGGAUCUUUUAAUCUUUGAUUUUGUCUUGGGGGACAGAAGAGUUUGCAUGACCCCUUUAGCUUUUUCAAAUUGUUUUCACGUACUGACCGCCAUGCCACACCACAUGGAGAUGAUUGCUAAAUAGCUCCCUGGAGCCAAAGAGAGCAAUUUAGCUCAACCACUCCCAGAUUAUGGAUCAGGUUGUACAGAUCAGAGCCCUCCAAUCCUGUAGAGCCAAUGAUGAUGAUGGUACUUUCAAACUUUUUUCCCUUGUCUUCAGCGUGAUCCAGAAGAUCCUUCUGCUGCAGCUCUCAAGGAACCGUGGGAAGAUAAAGUGGCUCGCAUUCGUGAAACAUCCCCUUAUGGCCAUUUGCCAAACUGGCAGCUGAUGUCUGUCAUAGUGAAAGUGGGAGAUGACCUUAGGCAAGAGCUUCUUGUCUACCAAGUGUUGAAAAGGUUACAGGUAAAAUAUGGUUUAUUAAUAAACAAAUAUUUGUAUUCAAGGGUUUUUUUGUACAGACAAUAUAUCCAACGUUGCACGGGAUUGCAUGUGGAAAAAAUGCUACAGCCUUUUAAUUCACAUUUAAAUUAAGCAAAAUGAGAAGAAAAAAAACACUGCUGUAGUAAAAAAGUAAAAUAAUUAAUUUGUCUUCUAUGAAGACACAUAUAAUAACUUUUGUAAACCUUUCAUCCCCGAUAGGAUCCCAAUCGGAUCUCUUCUAUGAAGACACAUAUAAUAACUUUUGUAAACCUUUCAUCCCCGAUAGGAUCCCAAUCGGAUCUCUUCUAUGAAGACACAUAUAAUAACUUUUGUAAACCUUUCAUCCCCGAUAGGAUCCCAAUCGGAUCUCUUCUAUGAAGACACAUAUAAUAACUUUUGUAAACCUUUCAUCCCCGAUAGGAUCCCAAAGGGGGGGGGGGGGGGGGGGGAAUCAGUAUCCAGAUACAGGUGGGAUCCCGUUUCCCAAUCCCGGUGGGAUCUUGAUUCCGGUGGGUUACUGAUGCUGUCAGUAUCAGGAUCCCAGUGAGGAUCCCAUUUUCUGAUGGGAUCCCAUUUCCAGAUGCGGUCCUCUUCUCCGAUGGGAUCCCGUUUCUAGAUAGGAUCCUGAUUUGAUCCCAUUACCCAAUGGAUCGGGUUACUGGUGGGUUCCAGUUUAAAGAUACAAGUUGUUCCCCAUUAGGAUCCUGUUCCUUGGUGGGAUCAUGUUCCUACUGGGAGUUUGUUCCCGGUAGGAGUACAAAGGUUAUGUUUAGAGAAAAUCCCCAUGAAAUUAUAGAAAUGAAUAGAACUUAACAGACUUAAAAUUUUAAUAACCUUUUAGAUCCCAAAAUAUAUCCCCGUAGAACAAUAUAGAACAUUCUAGAUUAAAUUUAAGAUCCUCCUCGAAUUGUGUAAAAAUGACUUCUACAUAAUAAUUUUUUUGAAUACGAAAAAUUGAACAACCUAUUGCACUUCUAUAACUAUUUUACAUUUAAUGGGGCCCAUUCCAUAAAUGUACCGAUUUAGUUUUGCCUGAGAUGGGGACCCUUCUUAAAAGUUAAAAUUUAAAAGUUGUCCCAUUAAAUUGGGUAAUAAUUGCUUUCUUUACAUUAUCGAACUUUCUGGAAAACUCUUGACCGGCCCUUAAUGGAUCGAUAUUAUUCAUUUUAAAUCAAUCGAUAUUUCAGUUAUGACUAUGAAGAGUAUUGAUAUCAAGCUAGGCCACUGCCUAUAUCCAUCAACUCAAAUGGAACCUAUAGAAGCCUAUUUAUAUAGCUUAUAUUAGAAAAAAAAUGAAAUGGGGCCCCGAAGCCAUAGGAAUGGAUCUUAUGAGUUCAUUACCCUUCUGUAUUUGAAUAUGGAUAAUCAUGUGUAUGUAAUAAGUUUGGUCAAGAUCCAUCUAUUCGUGAAGGAGUAUUUGUUGUUAAUUUAAUUUAUAUUAUAUAGCUCAUAUUAUAAUAUACAAAAUUUAGAGCCUCCAGCCUCAAACGGGAUGUUAUAAAAAGUUCAUAACUCCACAAGAGCUCCUUCCGGAUAAUGAUGGAUAUAUGUGCCAAGUUUGGUCAAGAUCCAUCAAUCCAUGUUCUUGUAGAAAUGUAUGCGGGAAAAAGCCACAAACAAACUAACCAACUUUCACUUUUAUAUACAUCUAUGUGUGUUGGGAAACAGGUCACAUUCCCCAGGACAUGAGAGACGCCAACAUCGUAACAUUGUACAAAAAUAAAGGGGACCGAAGUGAUUGCAAUAGCUACUGAGGAAUUUCUAUCCUUGGCUUAGUUGGAAAGACUUUUGCCUGUGUUGCCCUCAAACGAUUGCAGAGUCUGGCUAACCGCAUCUACCCAGAGUCCUUGUGUGGCAUCCAGAGUGGGCGCCUUACAAUAGACAUGAUAUUCUCAUUACGCCAAAUGCAAGAGAAAUGUCAUGAACAGCAUAUGCCUCUUUAUAUUGCUUUCAUAGAUCUUUUUCUUGGAUUCCUGCCCUUCCUAUCUAACCGAACUUCUUUCUGUCUAUUCACCCCUUCGACAGCAUCGCUCCUCUGCAGACACGCGUAUUCUGUCCGUUCCCAAGACACACACUAAAACAUAUGGUGAACUAUCUUUCUCUUUCUGCGCCCCCAAACAAUGGAAUUCUUUGCCACUACACAUACGCAAUAUACCAACCACCCAGGCCUUCAAAACUGCACUCAAAACAUAUCUUUUUAAAUUAUACUACCCUGAAUGAUUCCCUUCCUCUGACCGAUAAAUGAUCUUGCUGGCUGCCAUCCAUGGUUUGCCUUGUAAAAGUUAUGUGGUGGGGUGGGUGAAUAUACAUUGCUGUUCUUUAGUUCAUAAAUGUAUUGUCAUAAUGUCAUGAUUAUGUCUCUUUUGAUAAAAAAAUUUUAUGUACAGCGCGGUGAGCCCAGCCCUAGGCUGGGGUACCGCGCUAUAUAAGACCCCUUAUUAUUAUUAUUAUUAUUAUUAUCUGACAAAGGCAUUUGACUUGGUAAGUCGGAGAUGCCUUUUCAGCAUCUUGCAAAGAAUAGGUUGUCCCCCACGCUUACUCACAAUCGUAUAGUCAUUUUAAAAAAAUAUGCACAGCACAGUAACCUUCAAUGGCGCUGUCUCUGAGUCAUUCCCAGUCAGCACCGGAGUAAAACAGGGUUGUGUACUGGCACCAACGCUCUUCUCCAUUUUCUUCUCGAUGCUCCUUCAAUUUGCCUUCAGGUACUGUGAAGAUGGAGUUUACAUCCAUACCAGAUCUGAUGGUAGGCUGUUCAAUAUCGCCGCCUUUGUGCAAAGACUAAAGUAAAAAAGGUACUGAUUCGUGAACUGCUGUUUGCUGGCGAUGCCGCCUUAACAUCUCACACAGAAGAAGGUCUGCAGAGGCUGGAUAAUCAUCUAUCACACGCUUGUAAAGAGUUUGGACUUUUGAUUAGUUUACAGAAAACACAUGUAAUAAUGCAAGAAGCACUGUCCCCUCAAAUCAUAUCUAUUGAAGGCCAUACUCUUUCGGUUGUUGAGCAUUUCACAUAACUUGGAUCCAAUAUUUCUAGUGCUCUCUCCAUUGAUGAAGAGAUAAAUAUCAGGAUCGCAAGAGCAGCAGCAACUAUGGCUAAACUGUAUAAGCGGGUGUGGAAUAAUCUCACUCUAACAGAUAAAACAAAAAUAAGUGUCUAUCAGGCAUGCGUGCUUAGCACGCUCCUAUAUGGUAGCGAAGUGUGGACCACAUACACCAGUCAGGAGCGGAACUCAACAGCUUCCGCCAAAGAUGUCUGCGUCGCAUUUUACGCAUUCGAUGGAAGGGCAAUGUGCCUAACACAGAGGUCUUGGAAUGUGCAUAUUCUCCACUCUUAGCAAGAGGGGCCUUCUCUGUUUAGGCCAUGUAAGGAGAAUGGAGGAAGGCCGUAUCUCAAAGAUGCUGGUUUAUGGAGAGUUGGCAGAAGGGACUAGACUUAUUGGACGACGUUUGCAAAAGGAGCAUGAGGGAAGCCAAUAUUGAAAACAACCAAUGGGAGCUCAUUGCUGAAAAAUUUUCCACCUGGCGAACAGCAUUGUAAAAAAGGCAGAAGAUACUUGAAACGAGGCCCUUGCAACACAAAGAGCAAUACGGAAGUCAAAAUCUUACCAGGAAUCAAUAUUCUCCAGCGAGAAAAGCAGUUGAGAUUGUCAUUCUAGGCUUGGCCUAGUGAGCCACUCAUCAAAGUGCAGGACUACAUAGCUACUCCAUCAUUUCGCAAAGACGGAAGGAUGGUAACAUAUAUAUUUAUAUAUAUAUAUAAUAUUAUAAAUAUAAUAUUAUAUACGGUAUAUAUAUGAUAAGAAAUCAUAAAUCAUUUUGUAAAUUAUUUGAAGAAAAUGGAUUCACAACUGGAGUACAAUAAUUAUUAUUUUUGUAACCCUUGAUAUUAUGGGACUUAAAUUGUAUAAGCCUAUCUAAAAUUUCAUAACAUUCUUUUUUAAAAUUAUAAUAUUUUGUGUUAAAAACGUUAUGGGGGGUGUGAGUUGUUUUGCAUCUAUCAAAUUAUUUGUUUUGUUUAGGCAUAAAAUUAAUUAUUAGAGAUGUUUAAACUGACAACAUUUUAGAAUAUGCUGUCUUAUGGGUUUUUAUCUUUCCCUCAAUAUUUAGUAUGUUUUUGGUGGUUUGAUAACAAAGGACUUCGACUUCCUCUUCAUAAAUUAUACUAGAUCUAUAAUUAUUUUUAAAUAAUUUUUUUCUAGAGAGUACAAUAAUUUAAUAAAUAUAGUUUUAUGUACAUAAAAUUUAGUUAAAAAUGCUAAUGAUUUAGACAAAUUAAUCAUGCACAUGAUAUUUUUAGGAAUAGGCAGUGUCAAAUACAAUUUGAUGCACAAACAUGUAAAAGUUUAAUUUUUAGCACUUUGCAUGGUAUUAAAUUGAUGUAUUUGCACCACAAGGCUGCGUUCUCUCUCCUGUACUGUAUGCAAUAUAUACAAAUGAUAUUCAAAGCUCAAGCAACACUGUUCCAAUCUUAAAAUUUGCUGAUGAUACCACCAUUGUUGGCUUAAUAUCUGAAGGAGAAGGCCUGUACCGUAACUUAGUAACAAGCUUUAUCAAUUGGUGCGAUGAAAAUUUUCUCCAGUUGAAUGUCUCAAAAACAAAAGAAAUUGUUGUUGAUUUCAGGAGGGGAAGAACACCAGAUUACAGAUCUCAACAUAAAAAAUCAAAAUGUGGAGAAAGUGGAGGCGUACAAGUACUUAGGUGUCACCAUUAAUAAUAAGCUAACACGGCCAAAUCCUAUAUAAGAAAUUCAACCAAAGACUGUUCUACCUCAAAAAACUACAAUUUUGGCGUAAACAAGCAAGUCGUUAACUUAUUCUACAGUGCAACUAUUGGAAGCCUGCUUAAUUUCAGUAUUACCUGCUGGUGUGGAAAUUCAACGUCUGAUAUUAAACACCAGAUAAACCGACUAAUCAAGAAAGCUAGAAACAUAACACAAACUAAACAUCCGUCACUUGAAGAACUAUUUGAAGAAAGAUUUUUCGCAAAACUAAACACAUUUUGGAUGAUACAUCCCACCCUCUUCAUCCUAGAUACUUAGGAUCGGGCCAUUCGGGACGAAUUCUUUCCAUCAGGGCGAGGACUGACCGAUAUAAAAAUUCUUUUGUUCCCCAAUCUGUACGAAUUUACCGGCGUGCUUCCUCUGAAGUCACACAUCUGAAUGAGAACUAAUAAGUCCCUGAUUUCUUCUAUAUCUUAAGGGCCCACGAUCAAUUUAUUGAUCAUUUUGCUAAGAGAACUCACUGAAUGGCUGUUUGAAAUAAUUUAUUAUAAAUGUCUUGUGUUCAAAUUGUUUUAUUUUUGUGCUGAAAAUGUAUAAUGCAAUCAAAAAACAUUUCCAUUUAUUUGGAUCAAUAAAAGAAUCUUAUCUUAUCUUAUUCUGUCUCAGAUUUGAGCUUGUCUUUAUAUAUAGUAGACCUUUUUGUUGAUAAUAAACCAUUUUUCUAAAUUGGCAGAUGUUUUGGAUUGAGGAACACCUUCCGCUGUGGAUUAAGCCGUAUAAGAUUGUUGUAACAUCAAGAGACAGUGGCAUGAUUGAGCCUGUAGUAAAUGCUGUGUCCCUGCACCAGAUUAAAAAACACAGCAAGCUCUCCCUUCUGGACUACUUCAUUCAUGAGUUUGGACCUGUCACCAGUGAAGAGUUUUUGACAGCUCAGAAGAACUUUGUUCAGAGUUGUGCUGGCUAUUGUUUAGUCUGUUAUCUUCUUCAGUUGAAGGACAGGUCUGUCUCAAUUUCUUAAUCAUCUCUCAAUUUCAAUUUAAUAGCAUGUACCUUUGGAAGGGUUUAAUUACUUUGACAAGUGCUGCAUUUUAAAAUAAAAUAUUAUAAAUAGUAUCUAUAAAAUGAGGAUAAUAAUAUGAAAUCACUUUUUUGUAUUGUUGCUUGAUAACCAAAUAAGACAAAGUUUUUUAAAUUUUAAUUUUGAAAAAAGAGAAGAUUAUUUGAAUUUAACAAUUUAAGCAUACUCACAAAAAAUUUAUUUUGCAAUUUAUUUGAGAUAUUAUUUGUUCAUUUCAUUAAUUUUUAAAAGAGAUGUGCAGGUUCAAAGAUUCAUCAUUACCUCUGGUUGAAGCAUAUGGUACUUUGCAUUCAUUGUAUCCUCUUCCAUCUAACACACCCUUUUUUGGCCUGCUAAAUUCCCACCGAUUUGGGAAUACUUAAGUUUUUCAAGUCAAAUAAUUUGUUUUUCUUGUUUUACAUUGUCUGCUGAAGAGGCCAUUUAGUCGAAAUGUCCAUUUAAUGGUUGUAUCUUUUUUUUAAAGCCUAAACAUAUCUUGUUUCACUAUUAAUUUAAUUCACACAGCUUUUACGCAGUCUCCCAUAUAUUAUCCUACAUUCCCCCACAAACUACACCCUUUUUUGAAAGACAGGAAAAAACUUUUCUUGAAUAUUUGCCUUCAUAAAAUCCUCAACAUCCAAAAUUCCAAACACAACCCUGAGGGAAAUGACAGCCCAAAUCACAGUGGAGCCAAAACUUGGACAAGAUGGGAGAUGGAUAGGUCAUACCUUACCUAUGCCAAAUAUAGCAAGACAAGCACUAGUCUUUAACCCUCAAAGAUCAAGAGGAGCCAGAAGACCCAAAAAACAAAUAUUAAAGUCUGAAAAUUAACACUGUCACAUUUUCAUAAUGAUAGGGGGUGGGCCUCUACAGAAUGUACAUAUAUUAUUAAAAAACUCUACAAUAUUCAUCCUGAAACUCUGAAAGUCUAAAAAUAGCAUAUUUAUAUCUCGAAUGCUGUAAAAAUAUCAAACAAUGUUUUGUAGGCAUUAUCGUCAUUAUGUUGCCAUGUAUUUUCACAAAUUAACUCGCUAGAUAUCCUCAGAAAGUACUAAGUAGUAGAGGUAUUACAGUAAUAUUAAGUCCACCUUAUGCUCAACAUGCAUGUUACUAUAUUUUGUUGGGCUAUGGUCGUCCUGCUAAAGAUUUUGUAAUUUAGGUUUUCACCAGCUUCCCUGUGUUAAAUUCUAACAAGUACACUUCGAAAUAGCGAAUACAUAAACAAAACAAAAUAAAGGGUUGGAUAAAAAUAAAUAUAACACAUAUGUAAGUCACUAAGCGCCAUCUUUUAACUGCAAACAGUGGUUACUCAAGUGUGUUACUGUUUGCACCACGACCGAAAGAUGUCACGUUGGAUUAAAAGUGGAAAUAAAAUUACGAAAAUUGUGUAAUAUUUCACAACGCCCUAGUGAGGAAGCCUUGGAUAGCCAUAAAGAAAAAUGUUCACUCCCUCCCCAUGGCGGACAAGGACUAUUGUUAGUGCCCUUUGUCUUUGUGAAGUAAAUGGGAUUUUAUAGUUAUUUUUAUAGGCCCCAAACAAAAUGUUAUAAAAAGUUCAAGUUCCUCUAAAAGUUUCUUCAGGAUAAUGAUGGAUAUAUGUGCCAAGUUAGGUCAAGAUCCAUCAAUCCAUGUAGAAACCUACUUGGAACAAACAAAGAAACCCACAAACAAACAAAUGUUCACUUUGAUAUAUCUAUUCAUCUAUAGACAGUAUACCUGGCACACUGCCUGGGAUUGCAUUCAGAAAAACAACUUCUUGACCUUUUUUUUAAUUAACAUUGAAAUUAAGACCCAUGUAAAAAAACAAAAAAAAACACCCCAUAGUAAAUAAAAUAAUUCAACAAUAAAUUUGUCUCCUAUAAAAAAAACAACUUGUGUAAACCUUUUGUUUUCCAAUUCAAAGGGUGUCCUGAUCCAUGUGUGGGGCUACCCUUUUCAGGUGGGAUCCCAAUCCUCUUUGAAAUACAAUCCUAGUGGCAUCAAGAUACCUGUGGGAUCUUGAUACUUCUAGGUUCCCGAGCCUGUCGGGAUCCCGUUUUCCAGUGGGAUGCCAAUCCUGGUGGGAUCCUGUUUUCCAGGGGGGUUCCGAUCCUGGUGGGGUCCUGAUCCCGGUGGCAACCUGUUUUCAGGUUGGAUCCCGAUGACAUUAGGAUCCUGAUUCCGUUUAGGAUCCCGUUAUCGGUGGAAUUCCGUUUCCCAUUGGGAUCCUCUUCUCCAAUAGGAUAAGGUUUCCUGAAAGGAUCCCGAUCCAGGUUUGAUCCCAUUCCAGAUGGGAUCACAUUACCAUUGGGUUCCAGUUUACUAUUGGAUCUCAUUCCCCAUUUGGACCCUGUUACUUGGUGGGAUUAUGUUCUCAGUGGGAUUUUGUUUCCGUUGGUAUUAGGAAUGGUAUGUUUUGAGCAAAUCCCCAUGCAAUCAACCAACAAUUUAAUAGCCUUUUAGAUAGCCACGUUAAUCUAAAUGUUAAUUGAUAUCUAUAGCAGUAGCAGAUACACGCCUGCAAAGCAAAGUGAUCGCUGAUAGCUAUAUAAACAUCAUUCAUCAUCAUGUAGAAGUUACCUUUUUUGAUGCUCCACUAGACACGUGAUGCGAGUAGUUGUUGUAUGCAUUUUAUAUAGGGUAUGUUGAUUGAUUUAUAUUAAGGUGCUGUGUUGUACAAUUUUGAGAUGAUAUUGUACGAUUUUUGGAGUUUGAGGGUAAACAGGUCUGCUCUUCUUUUACAUUUUUAAAAUUAUUAUCAUAUAAUUGUUUAUCAUUUCAGGCACAACGGCAAUAUUUUGCUGGAUUCAGAAGGCCACAUUAUUCACAUAGACUUUGGUUUCAUCCUGUCAAACUCACCAGGGAAAAACCUGGGCUUUGAAAAUUCACCUUUUAAGCUUACACAUGAAUUUGUGGAGGUAAGAUUUUAAAUUUCUAUUAGUAAUACCAAUUAAAAAAAUUGUUUUUCUGUAAAUCCGUUAUUGCCGUCAGUUGUGCACUUUUUUAAUUAAUGAUAAAUCUUCUCCGUUCAUUUGAGAUAUUACCCUUUUGAACUGUUGCCAUUUAUUUUGUUUUUUUACACUCACGUGUUCAUUCAGUGCUCAGUAAGUACCGGUACUUUUGAAACUUUGAUUCCAGCCUUGACUGAUUUGCUAGUUCUAAUAGGUUGUAAGCACUUAUAGCAUCUGUGAAGCAAGAUAGAUACAAGCUGGACAGAUAACUUUGGUGUCUGGAGAAAUGCUACUGUACUCGGGGCAUGAAGAGGAGAAUUCUCCGCACAUGCAAUGAGUCACUUUCAUGUUGUCAAGGAUGCAUUGAUUGGAUGGGAAGCCCAUGGAUCAAGAAUAAUAACAGCAACGUUCCGAACCAAGAAAAAGAAAAUAAGGAUGAACAUAAUACAGUGUUACGCAUCCACCAACGAUAGCAAAGAAGACGAGAGAGAAACAUUCUACAAUAGACUACAAGCAAUAAUAGAAAAAUUCCAAAGUAGAGACCUGAACAUUUUAAUGGGAGACCUAAACGCCAAGAUCAGAAAAGCAAACGGGUGUGAGGAAAUCAUGGGAUGCCAUGGUGUAGUAGAGAGGAAUGAGAGCGGUGAAAGACUAGCAUACUUCUGCGCAAUAAAUGAUCUUGUUAUUGGAGGCAGCAAAUUCCAACUAAAAACAUCCACAAGAUAACAUGGGUAUCCCCGGACAACAAAAUGCAAAACCAAAUAGAUCACAUAUGUAUUAGCAAAAAAUUUAGAUGGUCUCUACAAGAUGUACGAGCACAAAGAGGAGCUGAUGUCACAUCAGAUCAUCAUCUUGUUUGGGCAAGACUUAAGUUAAAAGAGAAGAAAAACUGGGAACAGCCAGCUGCUAAACGAACAAAAUUCAAUGUAGUACUAUUGGCAAAUGAGCAGUAACGAGAAGAAUUCAGUGCCAUCUUAAGAAAUAAGUUCCAAUAAACUACCACAAAUGACAUCCGAAUAGUAUUAGUCUAAUAGGACCCUGGUGCGAAUGGUGGUGAUGCGGGUCCAUUUGGACUAAAUGCUAUUCGGAUGUCAUUUGUGGUAGUUUAUUUUAGUUAAACUGAAGAAGUAAGUUUACAAACAUAUAGUCCAUUCAAUUAUCUUUAAUUUGAUACCUUUAUUUUGUCUUACAAACUCAACAAUAAUAUUAUAAAUAGGUUUUUUUAAUCCCAACCUGUCACUUCUGGUACCCGGGUGCGAAUAGUCGCAGCCCUGCAAAAAAUUAAAGAGAGAAAAGAAAUAAAAAGUGUACUUAAUAGCAGCCCCACCCUGGCAGAGAAAACAAAAGCUCAAGAUAAAUAUUCAGAAGCAAAUCAAAGGCUAAACAGCAUCAAAAAAGAUACAAAUACCUACAUAGAUGGUCUAGCAACAACAGCAAAAGAAGCAGCCAUGAAGGGCAACUUGAAAGAGCUUUAUGACGUUACAAGAAAGCUGUCAGGAAGAUACAAAAGGCCGGAGAGACCUGUUAAAGAUAAAGAAGGCAGAUCAUUAACAGAAAGGACAGAACAACAAAAAAUAUGUGUAGAAUGCUUUAAGGACCUAUUAAACAGACCCCAACCAACAGACACACCAAACAUACAACCGGCCAUAGCUUCCGCCAUUUUAGCUUUUAAAAAAAAGCGAUAUAAAAUUCCGAUUAAAAAGUACUUAUUGUUAAGUUAUCAAGAGACAGCUUGACCUGGAAGUAGAUUUAAUUAUUAAUAAAAGGAAGCGGCUACGAUUUCUGUUAAAUAUUGGAUUGGAAGUUGCUAUCGGACCGUGUUUUUAUCGGCCGAUUUCGUCGGCCGACCACAGUUAGAGGGUUAAAGAAUCACUGUAGAACAGUCCAUCGAAUGGAACUCCCCUCUAUAUAUAAAUUUUAUAGACUACGAAAAGGCCUUUGAUAGCCUGGACCGACAAACCUUGUGGCAACUUCUUCUGCACUAUGGAGUACCAGGAAAACUACUCAGGAUCAUUCAGAGUUCUAAUGAAGAAAUGACUUGCAGGGUAGUCCACGAAGGUAGACUCACAGAUGAUUUUAAAGUGGAAACUGGAGUGAGACAAGGAUUUCUCUUUUCCCCCUUCCUAGUCAUCCUAGCUAUUGACUGGAUAAUGAAAAAAUACACAGACAAAAAGAGGAACGGGAGGAUACAGUGUCCACUCUGAAAACAACUGAAUGACCUACACUUUGCAGAUGACAUUGCACUUCUGUCCCACAACCAGCAACAAAUGCAGGAAAAGAUGUAGCCACCAUUUAGCAUAUAAAUAAAAGCAUGACGAAGCUCAUGAAGGUAAACCCACUCCAACCAAGAGCAUAUCUCUCAGGUAGGAAAGGCACAGGAAGAAGUGGAGUUCUUCACAUACUUAGGCAGCAGCAUCAACAUAAAUGGCGGAUCCGAACCGCAUGUAAGGGCCAGAAUUGGAAAAGCUAUAUCAGCAUUUGUGCUAUUACAGAAAAUAUGGGAGUCAGAAUCUUUAACACUAAUGUCAAAACAGUUUUACUAUAUGGAGCAGAAACUUGGAAAACAACAGCACGCAUUACGCAGAAAGUACAGACCUUCAUAACCACAUGCCUUAGAAAGAUCCUGAACAUCAAACGGCCAAAUACCAUCACUAACUAAGAUCUACUAGAAAGGACUUAUCAGGUGCCCAUUAGUGAAGACAUCAUAAAGGAGAAGAUGGAGGUAGAUUGGGCAUACUCUCCAAAAAAAACCAGAUAGCAUCACCAGACAGUCUCUAACAUGGAAUCCACAAGGAAAAAGAAAGAGAGAAAGGCCAAAGAAUGCAUGGAGAUGUGAAUUUGAGGCAGACACGCACAAUAUGGGAUACACCUGGAAAGAAAAGCACUGUGAUGAAUGGAAAAUUCUUGCGGACGGCUUAUGCCCCAGAUGGGGUAAAAAGGCAUAAAAAGAAGAAGAAAAGCGUAUAAAUAAAUUGUAAUACACUUCAGAAAGCUCAAAACAUUGAAAUUAAUUUUCAAAUAAUCAACAAGUCAAGAUCUAUGGCUUAGUGAAGUGUUUUCUCCUUUCUAUAAGAUAUUUUCUGACCCUAGUUGUACCUGUUCCAAUCACUGUAAUAUUUAUUUUGGCUUUGCAGGUCAUGGGUGGAUUAGGCAGUGACAUGUUUGAAUAUUUUAAAAUUCUGAUGCUUCAAGGCUUUGUGGCAUCUCGCAAACAUAUGGACAAGAUACUACCUCUGGUGGAGAUAAUGCAAACAGGUAAGUACUUGUUAAUACUGGAAAAUUUACAAAUUCACAAAUCAUGACCCAUUCUUCAACUAGAAAUGGUUAAUAGUGUUAAAAGCCACAUUAUUAAGAUUCUGCAUGAUUUAAAUUAAGAAAACCUGAAGUUUAAUCUUGUUUCAAGCCAUUUGGCUUGUUUAUAGGUUCAUCUAACAUUUGUUGGACUGAGGUGGCAUUGUUUGUUCUUUGGUUGUUAUUGUGAUAUUUUUCUUAAACCUCUUUCAUUUCUGGAUGCAUUUGUCCUUAACUUAUACCGCAAGUUAAUUAAUAUUUAGCAGCUUAAAGAACUAUUUUAAUAUUAUAAAUUAAUGGGAAAACAGAGUUACUUCACUUUGUUCUGGAAUAUGGAUUAAUGCAGAAGUGGCACAGCUGGAGGGAAUAAGUUAAACAUAGGUAAAACUAUUUUUACAAUGCCUUAAGUUCAAUUAAAACUUUUAAUUUAACAACUUCUCAAGUUCAAUGUCAUGUUUGUCUUUUCUUUUAAGGAGGUAAACAUUUUAAAAAUGGUAAGAUUUUAAUAUUUUUGUUGGUACCGGCAAUGUAGAAGCAAAAUAAUAAAACAUACCGGUAGUAAGUGUCAAAAGAAUUUAAAUUAAAAUAUUGCAUUGAUUCAUGAAACACACCGUUUUUUAAUCUAUUUUUAAAGUUGCAAAGAAGAAUGUUAAACAUGCAAAGAAUAAUACUGUUUUGGUAGUACCAAUACCUCCAAUAUAAUUUUAUUUUUACCGUACUAACCACCAGUAACAGCCCUGUUAAUUUUUAUUUACUUUACAUAUCAUUCUUAUUGAAAAUAGGGCUAGGAUUUUUUUUUAAAAAUCUCUUCUGAAAGUUACUUUAAUGUGUAACACACCUAAAAACAUAUAUUCUAUAUUAAAAAUUUCAAACAUAUUAGUGUGAGUGUAACUGGUGUCGGUUUAGCAGAACAACAGAAUCUUCCUUUUCAUUGUUUCAUUCUUCACGGAUCUUUUCUUUUACUUGCAAUCGUUUAUUAAAGCCUGGAAACUCCAUGUAUGGUAGUAAAAAAAAAAUAUUACUAGUACUGGUACAUUAUAAUAACCCCAGAAGUACUGGUAAAUUAUAUGUUACCAAGUUUGACCAACAUGCAACAAUUUAUGUAAAAGCCUGCAUUGUAACAAGCCUUCGUGUAUAGCUUUGAAAAUACAUCGUAGAACUCUCUACACUCAUUUGGAACUCUCUACACUCAUUUGGAAUUUUCUAGAAACUUAAAAAAUAUCUUAAACUCUAAUUUACUAAUUGUAAUUGUAACAUUGACAAAAAUCAAUGAGACCUAUUAACUUAUACUUAAAGAAACAAAAAGGACAUUUUUAUAGAACCUUAACCCUAUAACUGUCAUUAAAAAUGCUCAUUGAUUUAAUGUAUAUUGUUUAAGGGGAAAUCACUCUAUAUAAAUGAGUUUGCUUCAUAUUCCCGUUACUAUCAGUAUCUAGAGUAUCAGUGUGUUUACGUGCUUUUGUUAACUGGGAUUUUUUUGUGAUUAAUCGGGUGUGAAAUUUUUUCAAUGCCAUUAACAUCUGAGAUUCCGGAGAGGGGCACCCUUUUUGAUUUCAAAAUUAACACAGAAUUUCUUUAUUUGAAUUAUUUAAAAUAUAUUAAAAUGAAAGCAAAGAUAUCGGAGAUAUUCAACGUGCAAGUGUAAUGACAGCUUAGGCUCUUAGGUGAUGUCGAGAUAAGAAUCAUAAGUUGACAAUUGUAUCCCUAAGUAAGCUUAGUCGUCUUGUUACAGACAAAUUCGUUUGGGAAAGGAUGGAAAUGGAACAGAAAAAGACACCGAUUUGAAUUAAUUUGAUCCCAAUGAUCUACCACUAAGACUGUGGACUGUGCCAAGAGCCAGUCAAUUGGAACAGCAAAGGCAUAGCGUGGGACAUGUGGAAUCUGGUUCCACCUGCUAUGUGCCGAUGAUCGAUCCAUGGACUACGGUGAAACGAGUUAACCCUCUUUUGCAUGGUCUUGUCCACGCUGCAACAGCAUCAACAAUGACAGCUUCACAUUCCACAGCUAUCAAUGUAGUAUCAACUGAAUUACUCAGAAUCCUUCUCUUCUCUCUCAUCACCCAAUUCAAACGCUGAAUCUAAAGUAACGCCUUACCCAUUUUCACCGCAUAGAACUAGUACCCCAAAACCCCACCAUCCCAGCCAACCGCCCUACUCCACCCGAAGGCAUCCCACAACCUCCCCUUCUAUCCCUGACCACCCCAAAAAUGCAAACCUCCGCCUACUAAAUAUCACCUGCCAAAGCAUAGAAUCAAAGAGACAAGAGCUCGCAGCCAUCAUCCAAAACACCAAACAUGACAUAAUAUGUGGAACAGAGUCAUGGCUCAAAGGCAUAAAAACUGGGAAAGAACCAACCCUGGACCACAUAAAGUUCUCAGAAGUCUUCCCGGUAGAUUACAAUGUGUAUCGUCAUGACCGUGCAACAAAAGUUGGCAGCGUCUUCAUCUUGAUGCACAGAUCCCUCACAUCAGUGGAACAACCGCACUUGGUCACAGCCUGCGAAAUAGUAUGUAUGUAAAUUAAAAAACAAGAAAGACCUGCAUCGGUGCCUUCUAUAUGCCCAAAAGAACCCAGUGCGACCUUGACGAACUCCAAAAAUCCAUCAACAUUCUUACAGCCAAUGGCAAGCACCCACGCGUCAUCCUUUCUGGUGACUUCAACUGCCGUGAUAUAGACUGGACCACGCAUACUGCCCACUCCACCGGCAAAGACAACACCAUUCAGCAAUCACUGGUCGACUUGACCUGAUCCUCACUACUCACUCAAGUGCAGAGGACACCAACACGUCAAAAUAGUAUCAUAGUCCUUAUCUUCACCUCCAACCCCACCCUUGUUAAACAAUCCACGUGUGUCCCAGGCAAACCAUGAUGCAGUCUUGCUGACUUCUACUCCAAAGCUCAAAUAACGCGCCAGAAACCCAAGAGAUCUUACAAGUUCGUUAAGGCAAACUAGGACAAGAUCAAACUAGAUCUCGCCGCCGCUGAACAGGUCAUCCUAAAAAAAAAUAUAACGAGGGAGAGGAUGUAGAUACACUAUGGUCGACCUUCAAAAAUACCUUAACCAACAGCAUAGAUCAAAAUGUCCCUUCAGUGACAGCAAAGAAUCCAUGUAAUCUACCAUGGCUGAACACGCGGCCCAAGAAGCUGCUGAAGAGAAAGAAAAGACUAUUGAAGAAAGCCCAAACUACCAAAAACUGGACCCUGUACCCCCAGUUCCAGAAACAUUGUCAGGGGGAACUAAGAAGAGUAGAGUGGCAGGACAUAAAUGGAGUGAUUCAAGAAGGCCUCGAAAACAACACAAAACCCUUCUGGCGCUGCAUUAAAUCCAGGAAGCAAGACAACAUCGGCGUAGCCCCCCCUACUAGAAAACGGGGAACUUGUAAGCGAUGAACAAUGCAAAGCAGAAAUUCUGCUAAGGCAGUUUCAAUCCGUCUUCACCAAAAUUUCCACCACAAUCAUACCAUCCCUAAAACCAUCACCUGGUAUCCCUGACUCUAUCCCGAACAUUGUCCUGAAGACCCCAACCAUGACCCAAAUUUUCCAAAAGUCACUUGACUCCGGCACAACACCCGCUAGACUGGCUUGAUGCAACUAUCACUAGUGGCUACAAGAAAGGUGACCAUCUAACCCAGCAAACUACCGCCCAAUAUCCCUGACCUCCAUUCCAUGCAAAAUUCUAUAACACAUCAUCUGUCCCCACAUCAUGAACCACCUUGAACACUACAACAUUUUGACCAACCUAAACCACGGUUUCCGCUAUGGAUUCUCAACAGAAACUCAAUUAAUCAUCACCACCAAUUACCUCCUUGCCUCCUAUGACAAAGGUACCCAGAUCGACAUGGCAAUUCUCGACUUCUCCAAGGCCUUCGACACUGUUCCACACAGCCUUCUUCUACAUAUGCUCCACCACUACGGCAUUACCAGCAACCUUCACUCCUGGCUCUCAACAUUCCUAACACAAAGUACCAUGCAAGUAGUGGUAGAUGCCAUCCGAUCAGGGAAAGCCACCAUAGACUCAGGAGUUCCACAAGGCACAGUGCAGGGCCCCCCUUCUCUUUCUCUGUCACAUACUGUAAAAUACCAAGUGAGGCUGUUUGCAGAUGACUGUCUUGUCUACAGAGAGAUAAACGGCUACGAUGACCACAACCACCUCUAAGCAGAUUUGAAGUGCCUUAUGAAUUUGGCAUGAAAUUUAAUGGAACCAAAAUCUACACAAUGAGCAUCUCAAGAAAAAAAAACAUCAACUCUAUAUGUACUCACUAAAGAAGACAAUUCUCUAACAAGUAUCAAAUAAUCCAUACCUUGGAAUUCUCUUCUCAAAUAACCUAAAAUGGUCGCCCCAUAUAAACAAAUUUUUUUUAAAAAGCCAACUCCACACUAGGUUUCAUUCGAAGAAAUCUGCGCCAAUGCCCAACUUCCUGCAAACGAAAUGCCUAUCUUGCACUUGUCCGUCCACUACUAGAAUAUGGUGCGAUCAUCUGGGAUCCACACCUAAAGAAAGACGUGGACAAGAUGGAGCGAAUCCAACGUAACGCGAUGUGCUUCAUCACUUCAUCUCACGUGACUACAAAUCGACCACUUCUGGCUUCGUCACUGGCCUCUUAAAACUUAAAAAGAUUUGAUAUCCCCUCCCUUAAAGACAGACGAGAGGGGCUCCGCUUGAUAUUCUUAUAUAAAGUGGUCAUGCAGCAGGUACGUACCUCACCCCACAGAAGCCAGGUCGAUUGAUCAGAGCCAAACGAUCACUGAACAAUGAUUUCAACACUGACAACCUCAUAAACAACUACACCCGAAACAACAACAAAUCCUUCACUGUGCCUCGGUGUAAACACAGUGCAGUAUAAAAAAUCAUUCUUCCCACGCACAAUAAUUGCUUGGAACCACCUGGACAAUGCCGCUGUGGACUCAACAUCGGUCGAAAGCUUCAAGGCUUCCCUGGCAUCUGCUAGGAGCUGUUAGAAUAUAACAUCACUUCCCCAACCUUGCACAGAUGCCAGUAUAUGGAUGCAGCAACGAACACUACCAGAAUAAAAAGCGUAAUUGUAAACUAGAACUAAAUGAAACAAAUAAUCCCAUUAUUAUUUGUUUAUACUUACAAAUGUUAAGCAAUUCAACAGAACAUUUGAAAUUAUGAUUUUUGAGCGAUAAAUUUUUUUUAAAUAUUUGAACAAAAUAAAUUUUAAUUACAAAUAAGUGAUGAGUCAGCAUAUUUAUAAAUUCUUAAAUUCCAGUAGGAAAAUAAUUGAGUUUUUUCUUUAAUUUAUUGCGGCAUAUUAACAAAAACUAACUUAUAUUUUGGGGCUUUAUUUAGAAGUACCGUGAAAUGGGGUGACUUUGCCUACUUUUGGCCUUUAAGCAUAAAUUUCAACAUGUUAACUGAUCUAAAAAAUAACACAAAGGGACUAAUGUACAGAGUGGGUACCUGAACUUUGUUGUUAUAGCUGAAUUAAUUCAUAGUUUGAUCAGGUUAAGUUGAUAAUUCAGGCUUUUUGAGAUUUGUCAACCUAAGGAAAAAUGGGGUGACUUUGCCCUUUUAAGGUGAAAGACAGCACAAUGCAUGUAGAAAUGAUCAAACCCAGCAAAUAAGUUCUUUUCUUUUCUGUAUUUAAUGUUUAAUCAUAAUAUUUUAUUAUAAUGAAAGGUUGGAAGAAAAUAUCAACACCAGUUCACAUAAAAAAUGAUUGUCAGUGAUCUAUCCUUUCGAGGCAAACCUUCAUCAUAGGUUUUCACAUUUACUAUAUGAAAGCUUUAAUUUGUGAAUUUGUCACAGUAGACUGUAACUGUAAUUAUAAUAUCUUUCCUAUUAUCUCAGCUUAUAUCUUUGGCACAUAACAUCCUCAUCUUGUUGUACAAAAUCCAUUCACCAAGUCAUCUCGAAGAUUGUUAUCGUGGAAUCGUUUCACCGCAAGUUCGCUGUCAUCAAGAUUGGUCCAUAAUAAAAAAUUUAGGCCAAAAUGUAAAUUGUUUCUAGUUGAGGCCUUCCCAAAUCUGAUAAAGUCUUUAGGUGCUUUACUAAGUUGACUUUAAUUCAUUUGGCAAAGAGCUUGCCCUCCAGUUGUUUUCUUGUGGCUACAGUAACAUUUACUAAAUUCAAAGAGUUAUUAAAUCAAUGGUGUCUUUCACUUAUAGAUGACUUCUAUAGGCCUGGUAGUAAAUUAUCUUUUACAAUUCACACUUAUCAUUAAGCUGAGUGUCUUUAAUAUAGCCUCUACAGCUUCUGUUAAUAGGAGAUCUUGUUAAGUCAUGGCAUUAUGAUCUGGAAAAACAAGAGCAAAUGGAGAAAUCAAUACAAAAAUCAUUGUAUCAGUCCAUGGGGUGACUUUGCCCCUUGCUGUGAAAGAAAAGCAAUGACGAUUUAUUCAACUUUAACUUAACUAACAAAGUAACGAACCUUUUUAUCACUGAAAUUUAUGCACAUUAAAUGCAUAGGGAAAUAAAUUAUAAUACCUUUGUUACGCACUGACUUGUAUUGGGAGAAAUUAAUCUCCUAUUUUAAUUGGCUCGUUGUAAACAGUGCCUAACAAAGGACGAUACCAUAGAAUCAACAAUAUUAAAGAUAGGACCCAUAACAGUUUCUAGUUACAAUUAAUAAGAUUUAUUAAGGCUUAAGAUGAUUACAAAAGAAAAGAAAAUAUAAUUACAAUCUUCAACUUACAGUAUGGUAGAUCUUGUACCGGUACACAGUUAAUACAGUUAGAAUAAUGUGCCAAUUAAUAAUGCGAAAUAAACACAUGAGCACACCAAUACACAAAGAAUAAAACACGCCUCGUAAUGUUAAGAAAAUCUAUCUGAAAUCUCCCUCCCUUCGUAUCUGUCAAUGCUUUUUAUACAUGUAGCGUAAGACGCUUCCAGAAGGACCUAUGACGUGUUGUUUACAUAUCUCGGGUUAAGGAGUACAUUCGAGAAGUUACCCGGAGAAAUUCUUUUUCUACCCAAUGCGUAAUUGGAAGCCGAAUGUAAACAAGCUACAUGAAAGAGAUUUAGCCACGCCCACAACAGACGUUACUGUCUGCUAGGAGUGUACUACGAGGUCGAGGAAAGUUCACGCACAGGAAAUUGUGCUACAUAACACCUUAAAAUGAAAGUUUAAACUCACCUAAAUCAGCAAAAUAUCGAUGUCCUGAGUCUAAGAGCUCAAACAGUCAAAUCUUAUUGUUUGGCAUGGUGAGGAAAGCGAAACAAGAUAAAGCAACAUGUCUGCUUUCAUGGGAAUUUAAAAAAUUAGGGGAAAGAACUCUAGAAAAUCAUGAAAAACAACUUUCUCAAUAUAAGUAUUUAAUAGGCAAAGUCACCCCGUUUCACGGUAUUCUUAUUUAACUUUGUUCCCUGUAAAUAUUUCAUUUUUGUCAUUUUAUAAUAAAGUUAUAGGCUUUUAAAAAAAAAGGGGGGGGGAGGGGGGGGCGAAAUGAGGGUCACAAAAUGUGGAGGAAAAAAUUCGAAAAGUGGUUUUGAGGCCCCUGAACCACUUGAGUUAUAACUAGAAAGUUGAUCUUGAACUUGAUGUUUUUGUUAUCUAUUCUCCAGGCUCUAUACUGCUGUAGUAAUCAAAAUAGUAGUAUGUUCAUAUUUUUAAAAAUGUUUUGAAAUUUUCAUGAAAGUACCUAAUGUGUAAGUGUAAGGCAAGGGUCUCUGAAUUCAUUUAUUUUAGUCUGGGAUUUUUGACAAGCAAUCAAGCAUAGAAAAUUGCAAACCGCAUAGUUAUAGUGUUAAAACCUUUUUCUUUUUAAAAAGGAAUUCUAGAAAAAGGUGGAUACUAGUAGUACCGGUAUUUAAUAAAUCACUUGUUAAAAAAGGGUUAAAUAACUUGUUAAAAAAAAGGACUCAGGACUCUUUGUACUACCAUACGGUAAUCGCUAUCGGUAUUCCAGCCAAUACUAAUGUACCGGAACUGUAUUGAAAGAGGUGAACGGUGAAAGAGGUUUCCAUUAAAGUUAAAUUAAAGGUCCCUGUGGGGACCCAUUUGAAAAGGUGGCGUUGUAUGACAAAGACUAAGGACCAAGGAUAGGAACCCUGAAUAUUUCAUCAGUUAAAAUUGUAAAAGUUGUCCCAUUAAAACUAAAACCGGUUUAAAAAGUUAAGUGAUAUACCGGUGUUGUACAUCAUACAUCCUCCAGUUUUUAGAUACUGUACCGGUAUAUAUUUUCUGGUGCAUUAGUACCAAGUUUGGUUUAGAUCUAAUAGUACUGGUACCGGUACUAACUAAUAAAUUCAUUUUUGUAAUUUUAUUUAGGGUGUAAGUAGUGUAAGCUCAAAAAUUUUUUAUUAAAUUUGACUAAUUUUAGCCCUUAGGAUAAUGAUUAAUUUUAAUACUGGUAGUGAUUUUUUAGAAAUAUAUUCAUGUCAACGUUUGGUUAAAUUGAAAAAACUAUACUAUAAGGUAUAAAAAUAUAUGAAUGUAAAUAUUAAAAAGGGUAAAUUUACACUAUGGACUGAAUGUGUACCAUAACAAAUUGAGCCUUUUACUUUCAGUUGUCAGAUUAUAACAGGUUUACCUGGUACUCGUAAAAUGCACUUAUUCAUUCAGUGACAUGCUGAUGAGUCAAUGCUGAUAAAGUUAAAGUUUUCACUUUACCCGUGACAUUUUUCAUUGUCACCUUUUGGGAUAAGGGGUUUAUCAUUUGAAGAUCAAAUUUGGUAUCAGUAGGUUUGGUUUUCUUGUGUUUGGUGACAGUCACACUUGAGCUCUCUUUAGUACCAGUAGUGUUGAAAAUUAUUCAUAAAGGGAAAGUGACCCACUAACCAGAAUAUUCUUUUACCCUCAGGUUCUCAGCUCCCCUGUUUCAAUAAAGGUAUCAGUGCUAUUCGGGCAUUCAAGGAUCGAUUUCAUAUGACCUCAACUGAGGAACAGCUGCAACUUAUUGUGGAUGGUUUGGUUGAGGCAAGCUUGCAUUCUCUCACCACCAAACUCUAUGAUGGGUUCCAAUACUUCACCAAUGGCAUAUUGUAAACAUUAAAAAUUUAUCAAAAUUAAUUUGUCUUAAAUUCUGUUCUCUUACUCUAUGCAGAUUUUUAUUUGAUGUAUGUGACUUGCUCCAGUGAUAUUAGUAACAAAAUGCAAGAUUUAUAAGUAAAUCUUUAAGUUUAAGACACAGCCCUGCUCCUAGUUGUGAUGUCUUAGGGACUGACUGUAUUGUAAUGGGGAAUUAAAUUUUUAAAUAUUCUAUGAGUGAAUUUAUCUGCCUAUUGGCAAAUGAUUUGCAAUGCAGCUUAAUCAAAAGUCUUGGGAAUGUGUUUUCUACAUUGUUUGUUCAACAUGGGUGCUUGCGGCACCAAUAUGUUGUGUCCCUCUAUUUGAGCUGCCUCAAGCUAUUUCAUCAAUAAACUCAUGUAUUUCAUGUUCUGUGGUCUUUUUUCUCUUUCUUGUAAAUAUGUAACAAAAAGACCAAAAAGUUUUCAGUAUGGUAUUUUAAACUUUUUAUUAUCAAACAUUCAGAUGAGGAGGUUGGGUGAUC